CACAGUGCGCAAAUGCGCAUCCAACAGCACGGAGCUGCGGUAGAGAGCGUAAACACAAACGUUACCAGGCUGGAAAACGACACGUUAGGGCGAAAGAGGAAACAGCUUCUCAAGGGGAAGACAGAACCAAGGGUUAAAGUCUGUGACUCGGCAGGUAAGCCGAACUCAUCUGACGCGGGGGUGUUUCUCUGGGCCGGGGUGUGUGUCAGCGUAGCCGCCUUCCUGGCUGAGCAGAGCGGGUUUGUUGGCAGGCCCAGCCCGGCUCCUGAGCGCUGUCAUCCAGAGUGACAGCACACACUGUCUCAGAGAUACACCUUAUGUUAACUCAUCAGGACGGGACACCAAAACUGCGUUUGAAAAUCCACCAAUUUACACAACAUUUACGAAUAAACAGCUAAAUCUGAUAUUAGCCGUAUUUCACUUGUUAGAUAAGUUCACCCAUAAGUUCGAAGUUAAAAUGGAACUUUAACAGCUUCUAGUGAAAUAAAAAAUCCGCUUUUCUUACAACAGUUUUUCCCAGUUUUCAGCACUCAUUGCCUCGUCUCACAGUGUUGAUCGAGUAGGUAAACAGAUAAAGAAAUAUCCAAGUAUGAAAAUUGAUUUUUUUUCUAAAUUAGUUAAGUCUAAGUGUGUGCAUGUAAAAUUGGACAGAAUACGAGUUGAAAAUUCUGAUGAUGUAGGAACUUUAGGUCAUCUUCGCUCAUAGAAACAUAACCUUAAAACUGCAGAUUUUAAGUUAUAUUUGGUGUGACGUUUCUUUGCGGUGCCUCAGAGGCGUGCAUGCUGCUAGCUAGCUAUCUGUAACCACUUAACCAGCUGACAAGUCGGUUUGGAGCAAUUUAAGUAACUAAUUAACGGGAUACGUGUACAGUUUCUCCGUUAGAGCGCGCUUGAGGAGUCUGUUUGUCAAUUUAAAACACGGGAAGCGGUUAACAGUUGCUAAUGUUAGCAUCUGUACUUAGCUGAUCGUCUGUUGCGUUCAGGUAGCGUAAGGUUACAGCACACAGGGCCCGGCUAUUCACUGCUAAUGUGUAACCCUACGAGUCCAGCCGCCUGACACAUGGAUUCAAACAGAAUACAGACAUAAGGUAGGAUAUAAUUUUCGGGGGUUAAUGUGAUAAAACUAAGAUGGUUUCUUAACAAUCAUAUAAACUUGUUAGCAGCCGAGACUCAGUGCUCACAGACGGAGUCAUCGGGUAUUAGACUGAGCCCUGGUGCUGAUUCUCAGGGGCGUUACCUGAAUUCUUGACUAGGGUGGCCCUAUUGGGGUACCGACUCAUGCAAGGAUGGAAUGAAGUUUCAAAUGAAAAUAAGUACAAAAUGAGUAUUUUUUAUGAAACCAUAAUGCCUCCAUUGGGAAUACACUGUAAUACUGACAGUGAGCAGGGAUGUGAAAGGUUAAAAUAAGUCUUUAUUCAUACCACUGAGUGGAAAUUUGCAGUGUAACAGUGGCAAAGGAUCAGCAUGGCAAACACAGAAAAAUAAGUACAUUCAUCAUGCCCACAGUGCACAGAUAAUUAUAAUAAUUUAACUUUGACCUGUACAAAAAAUGUUAUGUACACUACAGGCCAAAAGUUUGGAAGCAAGAUCAAAUUUGUACAAAAAAAGAUCAUAAUACUUUGCAGAAAAAAAAAAAAAAACACCUUCCUCUUCUUUUUUGUCUAGGUAACCCUGACAGAGCUUGGAAGAGUGCUUAGGAUAAUUAUCUUGUUGCAAAUCAAACUUUGGACCUACAAGUUUUAGUCCAGAUGGAACUGCAUGAUGCUGGAGGGUGGAGUGGUACUGGUCCUUCUUCAUAAUACCCUUUACUUAAAACAAAUAUCCUACUCUGUCACCUGCAAAACAUCCCCAUACCAUGGCACUACCACCUCCUUGCUCUAUUGUGGGUGUUACGCAUGGUGCUUUCAGACGUUCACCAGUUUUUCUGCGGACAUAGACUCUGCGUUUGGAACCAAAUAGUUCAAACUUGCUUUCAUCCGUCCAGAGGACUUGUUUCCAGUCAUCAUGGGUCCAAUUUUUGUGAGCUUUUGCCCACUCAUAUCUUUUUUUCUUGUUCUGUGGACGAAGAAGUGUUUUUUUGCAGAUACACAACCCUCCAGACCAGCCUUUCUCAAAUGUCUUUUCACAGUUGUCAGAGAUAUGGGUUUCGACCUUGUCAUGUUGAUUUCCUCCUUUAUUUGUGGUGCUGUUUUUCGCCGAUCUCUCUUACUGAUGACAAUAAUAUGUUUAUCUUCUGCUUUUGUAGUGACCCACUUUCUUCCAGGUCUUUUUCUAUCAUCAUAACUUCCAGUUUCUUCAAGUCUCUUCAGAGUAUAGUGGACUCCUUUUUAAACACCUUUAGGCAUUUUGCAAUUUCCCUUUCAGUGUAUCUUUCUUUUCUCAAUGUACAAAUCUGUACUCUUGUUUCUUUACUCAGUUGCUUUUUUCUAGCCAUUUCUGCAAUAGUUUGUCAGAGUUUUGAACACGGGUGAGAUUUAUUGGGAUUUUUGUAUGCAGACACUCAAAAGCCAAUAAGUCAAAGUGAAUAAUGCAAAGUGAUUUGUUUUUUUACUUUUACACUGAAUUUGUGACUCUUGCUAAUCUUCUUGAAGCCCUCCCUUUCUUUUGUUGACAUUUAUUCAGCAACGUCUGGUAACAUCAAUGUAUACCUAAAGGUAAAUUGAGGAAAAUGGUGCAUAUCAAUGAAAGCAAAGUCUAGUCAUGCAAUAAAUACAUCCCAAAAUACAUUUAACUUAUCCUUUUUUAUGAAAGGCAUUGUGAACAGAAACUUAAAGUAGUUUCCAAAUGUUUGGCCUGUUUUGGUCUUGCUUCCAAACUUCUGUAGUGUACAAUAAAUGAGAAAAAAAAAAAUCUGGAUUUAUCCAAAAUCACAGAGUCUGCCCCACAGGAUCCACACAUGUGUCCAUUAGCCGAGACAUAAUGACUCAGCUGCCGAGCUGACUAAAGAGUUGUUGAAGUGCUGGUGACAUUUGAAGCAUUAAUUUAAUCAGUCGUGACGUUUUAUCUUUUAAACAAGCUCUGAUUCUUAAGAGUGAAGCUGGGCGGUUCAUUUAGGUAACACAGGCUUCAGAGCCUCAGAGCUUUGGUAUCACACACUCAUCUGUUACAAAUACAUGACACUGGAAGAGGAUCCGUCAGACUUGUAUUGCUCUUAAUUUAACUACGAUAGUUAUUAGAUUAGCAAAAUGGCUGCAUACUGUAUAAACUUACUGUAUAUACUCCCUUUUAACAAAGGAGCCAACUUUUUAAGGACUUAAAAAGAAGCCCUGGUCCAGAGUCGCAUUUUAUUUCUUCCAAAUGACCAGUAUGUAAAGUGUUGGUAUGAAGAGUACAGAUGAGCACUUGUUGGUUACUGAUGUUAAGGUUUAGUCUUAACUGAUGACAGCAACAUUACAUUGUGGUGGUCUCAUGUUGUAGAAGUCUUAAUGCUGGGUCCUCCUCAGUGUCAUGUCUUUGUCCUGGGGGUCUUAUAUGAAACAGGAUUUUUCUAGAGGCAGGUAUUUAUGUCAGAUUCUCUCUGUGAGAAACAGUGUCUUCAUUCUCAUGAAAGUCUAAUAGUCCCUCUGAAAGGCACAAGAGUGUACCUCAUCAUCCGGACUACAUUCUUGCUUAACAGCCUUAUACACCAUAACAGUGGGGUUCACUUUCUGUGUUUUCUCGCUGCUGGGAAUGUUUGUUCUUGAAUCUAUCUGCUACAGAUUUGCCAAAAUCUGUAGCAGAUUUUUUUAAUGCCAUCCUAGCCAGUGCUGGUGAGGCUAACUGAUGUUGGAUAAAUUCCCAGCAACACCAGUGAAAUUCAGCUGCAGAGAAAACAGAUGCAGUGAAAAGUCUGGAAAGAGGAACCGUGUCUGAAAACCGAAAAUGAAAGGCUUAUGUUACACUCUGAGUUUCAGUGUUGGGAACCACUGCUCUGCAUGUAAGAGGUAACAUGUCCUAUGUAAAAGUUUUCUUCCAAAAUAAGAGCUCGGUUUAAGUUAAAAAAAAAAAAAAAAAGUGUAAUGAGUUUGAGAAAAAUCAAUUGUUUGAGACAUUUAUUAGUACUACCAUUAAACAGCUGCUCCCCGAGGAAAUGAAGUAAAAGUAUCUGAAACUACUCUGGAAGCUCAGGCAGGCUGAAAAGUUCUUCUAACUGUUGUUUGUUCUCACCCUCUGGUGUCUCCCCAGCGACCAUGGUGGGCGAGCGCCGCAAUGGGAACCUGCUGGUCCAGCUCGGCCCAAAGCUGCAGGCAUAUCCAGAGGAGCUGAUCCGCCAGCGCCGCAACCACGAUGGCCAGACAGAGUACCUGAUUCGCUGGUGCCUUGUCACCAUCGAUGAUGGCUCAAGUUCAGGGGGCGGAGCCAGUGAGGCAGGAGGUACUGGCAGUGGCAGCUCUGGGGGUGGUGGGUCCAGCAGCUCCACAUCUGGAGAGAGCAAACCGGAGAACAUCCUGAUGUGGAUGUCCACUGAGGAUGUGUACGCAAACUGCCCCACCCUGCUGGGCAAAAGAAAAACUGACACACAGCGUCCCCUGCAGCAGCAGGAGAAGCAGGAUGGUGAGUCAUCAGGUGGAAGUCAGAGGAGCGGCAGCGAGUUUCCUGCAGACGUCACCUUUGAUGAGGUGGAGCUGUCAGACAUGAAGGAGGACGUGAAAAACCUGGUGCGGCGAGCCAGGAAGCAAAUGGCCAAGAAGAGCGACUUCUCAAUCAGCAUCACACACACCAUCCACGUGCUGAGCGCCUACGCCAGCAUUGGCUCGCUGGUCGGUGUCUUCAAGGAGACAGGAGCACUCAACCUGCUGAUGGAGCUGCUGUGCAACAAGGAGACACAGACCAGACGCAGCGCAGGGAAGAUGCUGAGAGCGCUUGCCUCGCAUGAUGCUGGUAAUACCAAAUGUUAUUCAUACAACAGAUAUGUCACCACCUUGGGCAUACUGCGCACUGAUUGGCUGGAAGUUGUCAGAACUAUGCAGACACUUUUAUGAAAGUAUUGGUCAGCAGUAUAAUUAUGAAUUGGUCACAAGUAUAAUUGAACUACAGGCCUGGGUCACAUGUUGUGCAUAAGCUGUAAUGCUGCUAUCUGCCACUUGCUGGAGCUAUAGGUUGUAACCAUAGGCUGUGUCUCAUUUCAGAGACCGCACCGUCGAACAGCGCAUUUGAAGCGUGCAUGAUGUCAUCACGCAGCGCAAAAGGUGUCCCAUUUGGCACGAAAUGCUAAGCGCACUUAACAUUUUUCAAGCGUGCAUUUAUGCACGCUUUUGUGCUGUUGGUAUUAGGCCUGGACGAUAUAGAAAAAAAGCAUAUCGAUAAAAAAUAAAUCAUAUUGAUCGAUAUCGAUAAUUAUAUUAAAACAUAUUUUAAUUGCAGCCCUGGAUGUUUUAUGCUAUUGCUUAAUGACCUACUUUUAAUAAAGAACACACAAGCACUGAAUUCAAAUUCAAACCUUUAUUCAACCACCUUUUUUUUUUUUUACCACAACUGAAAUUUUUUUAAAAAAGAACUUAAAAAAAGAAAGAAAUCAACAUAAGUGGCCUGAGUGACGUCAGUAAAUACUGACAAACAUAAAGACUAAAGUGACCAGAAAAUCUGAUAAAUAAAUAUUUAAAUAGUCUUUUGAUGAAAAUAAACAAAACAAACAAAUAUAUAAAUAAACAGAAUAGCUUUAGGUAGGAAUAGCAUACUACCUGUUUUAACUGUGUGAGAAACUGCCCACAGCCUGGUGUCUGAACACUGAAAUAUUUCUCCCGGGGUCGGGAGAUUUAUUUAUUUUUAAUUAUCAUGUGAUUGACUUAAUACGCAAACUAAGCACGAGAAGCAGGACUUAUCCACGCCGGUGUUGUGUCGUAGAAUGCACCCCUGCCGAAUGCACCCCCUGCUAGUAGUCAUGAUCCACAUACUCGCGUCUUUGUAAAAUAUGAGCUCAUUUUCUUCCGCUUUAAGAAGCUAAUGAGUGGACCGGAACGUAUUUCCUCCGCACCCUUCUCACCUUUUCAACCCCUGACCCAUUUUCAUGCCUGAAGCGCUGUGUUUGAGAAAUACUUGCGGCCGGGCACUUCCUAUCGCGGGUCAAGAGUGGCUAGAAGCUGUUGAAGCCAGGCUUUUUAACGGUAGUUAUUGGCAGUAUGUCCCUCGCUAUGGAGCAUGUUACUGCAUGGGUGACGUCCUUAUGCCGCUUGGACGCUUUGUCGUAUUUUGGCAAGAAACGAAGUCCAGUUUGGUCUGCUUCACUUGCUUUGUGCUGGUGCUGGCAGCGGGUCCAGAGGAUUCCUCCUCCGACGACGACGUGGAGCCGCGGCGCGGCCGACACAGCUCGUACUCCUGCGGGUGCGAUCGGUUUAGAUAGUAAAACAAGUUGGUUGUGUUACCAGACUUGGUUUUUACUAAUUCUCUGCAAAUUUUGCAAACGACCGCUGUUCACUUUUUGUCAGACUUCUAAAAACCAAAACAUUGCCAUGCUGGAGAACUACUGAGACCUUUUUCGGGACAAUUUCCUCCGCUUCUCCUUGCUGUAACAUUUUUUCUAAUACACGUGCUGUCUGUUGUGGUUGGAGAGGGGCUGGACUUGGUGCCGUAGCGUACCUGGGUCUGCGUUUGUGAUUGGUUGGGAGGAAGUAAUGACUGUAGUAAAAGCUACAUGAUAGGCUAUGAUGAAAAAGAAAGGGAAACUGUGUUUUUCUAUCGAACUUUUUAUCGACCCGUUUUUUUUCUAUCGCACCACACGUCUAUCGAUCGAUAUAUAUUGUUAUCGAAUUAUCGUCCAGCACUAGUUGGUAUCCCAGAAUUCUUUGCGUGCUGCUGCUGCACAGAUGCGCAUUUCGGGUGAGAGGCUGGACUCGCUUGGAGACGCAGCGCAUCUUUAAAGAAAAUGCAAGAAAUCCAAAACCAGCAGACAGUCAGCUCAGGCUGUAUGAGCGCAUGAUCUCUGAACUCACUAAAAUCUGCAAACCAAACAUUACAGUAUUUAGAGACGAACUGAUCCGCUCUGCUACAACAAUCAAAAACAUUAGAAAUAAGAAAGCUGACAAAACUACAGCAGAGGAUCAUUGACACAUUGAGUUUUUUUUUUUCUUUUAAGAUUUAGAGAUUAAAGUUGUAAAUUUAGGAGAAUAAAGUCAUAAAGUCAUAAAGCUGCUUUUGUGGAGGGGGAAAUGACUGAAGCUGGUCAUCUGCAGGGUUAUCUGUGGAUGUAUCAGUGGGUCAUUCAGAGAGAUUUUGUGGUUUCUGAAGAAACAAUGAAACUGAUGAUGAUCAACAUUUGUGAUCCAGAGGGAGUCGAGCUCCGACGAGCACCACGUCUCUGACACCGGCGGUAGCCUACACCUGCAGAGACACCAACACCUUAUUAUGGCAUAUGGAUUCAUAUCAUAAAUUAAAUCUCAAUGUCAUUCACGGAUAUUUACGGCUUCAUAAACUGAUAUAUCCUCAGCAUAUUCAUUUCUGCCUCCACAAAAGCAGCGAUUUCCUCCAAGUACACCUGUUUUUCUUUCCCCGUGGAAAAGACGUAUUUCUAAUAUAUUCUUUUUUUAAGUCUUUAUACUUAUGACAAUGUGAUGCUGAUGUGCCAAAGGAUGAAGUAUCUGCUUGUUUGUGAAACCUAUACUGAAACACAGUUCCUUUAAAUGCUUCAUGGCCCUAAUUUUAACAAGUCUCCUCUUGCCGCCGGUGUCACAGACGUGGUGCCCGUCGGAGCUCGACUCCCUCUGGAUCACAAAUGUUGAUCAUCAGUUGGAUUGUUUCUUCAGAAACCACAGAAGCUCUCUGAAUGACCCGCUGAUAAAUCCACAGAUAACCCUGCAGAUGACCAGCUUCAGUCAUUUCCCCCUCCACAAAAGCAGCUUUAUGACUUUAUUUACAUUAUGACUUUAUUCUCCUAAAUUUACAACUUUAAUCUCUAAAUCUUAAAAAAAAAAACUCAAUGUGUCAAUGAUCCUCUGCUGUAGUUUUGUCAGCUUUCUUAUUUCUAAUGUUUUUGAUUGUUGUAGCAGAGCAGAUCAGUUUGUCUCUAAAUCUAUAAUGUUUGGUUUACAGUUUUAAGUGAGUUCAGAGAUCAUGCGCUCAUACAGCCUGAGCUGACUGUGAGCUGUUUUUGGAUUUCUUGUAUUUUCUUUGAAGACGCGCUGCGUCUCCAAGCGAGUCCAGCCUCUCACCCAUAAAUGCACAGGUGUGCAGCGGCACGCAAAGAAUUCUGGGAUAUCAAUGGCAUGAAAGAAAAAGGGGGUGGGGGCAGUGUGGUUUUGAGACCGAAUUUGAAGUGCGCUCAGCAUUUCGUGCCAAAUGGGACACCGUUCGUGCCGUGUGAUGACCUCACGCACGCUUCAUAUGUGCCGGUCGACGUUGCGGUCUCUGAAAUGAGACACAGACAGGGUACGUAAGUCCACAUAACAGUAGAUAAUGGCAGUGCGCUCAGCUAAGCGCACUUAAGCGCGCUUAUCCUCAAGCGGUCCUUUGAAAUGAGACACAGCCAUAGACUGUAUAAAGAAUGGACAGAGUCUGCCUCCUCACUGGGUGAAGCCAGCAAAGAACAGCACCCUCUGUUGAUGGGCGGCAGUAUAGGGCAUGAAUCCCUCCUCCGCCAGCAAGGCUUAUGGAGCUGUGGACAAACUUUAGACAUUUAUUACACAGAAUAUAAAUGUUUCUCCCCCCUGCUUGUGAUGUUGACACGUAGUUAUUGUCAGACUGGUUUGUGCUCAAGUCCUCUUUUUUCUGUUAAGCUCUGUUUGUAAAAGUCAUUAGGGGGUUCAUGUUUUCUAUGAUUGACAACUGAUACAGCCUAUUGGCGUUCAGGGAUUGCGUAGCUUACCCGGGGGGAUACGCUGUUUGAGCCGAGCGUCAUCACAGCGACUCUCUGCGACUGCGUGGCCGAAUGCGUGCAUCUCUACCGUGCAGCGCUGGUUUCAGGAAAUGAAGAAAAAUCCCGGAAAUACCAAGAGCUGUUUGGCUUUAAAUCCGUAUACAGGCGGUAGGUGGAACAAAGUGGUCCAUAGUAUAUACAGUCUAUGGUUGUAACGCUGUAGUGCUCUACUGUUUGGAUGUUUAACUCAGAUGUCAGCUAGUGUCUCUCAGACAUUGUUUGUCAGUAAUUUGUUCUAGAAAAUGCAGACAAAGCUGUAUAUGAAGGCUGUGUCUGGCUAAACUAGCCUACAACCCGAGCAAAGAGUAACCAGCACAGGCAUGUUGGUAUUAACCUUUCCAGGAGGCCUGAAGGCCGCUGGAGCUAGCCCUGCUAAUGGUGGCUAUACUGCUUACCUGCAGACUCUGUGAUCCUGUAUUUAGUCGCUUCACAACAUCCUCAGAGGGAAUGUUAAUUUGUCACUUUUAUGCAUGUAAGUGCUGUGAGGCUGUACGCAUCAGGAGAGGGUUGACAGGAUGCUGAAAAUGAGCCUUUUAUUUACUUUUUCAGCAGUUAAAAGUCAUGAGUAACACAUAGGACUAUUCAAAGAAAGCAGGAUGAUUUACUUCCUUAGCACGAGCAGGAAAAAAAAUUAGCUAAGUGAUUGGUUAACACAGAAUAGAUGGAGCCAAAACCCUAACCAGGUUAACAUAAAGUUCUUAACAGCAGCUUUAACAGGCUGCAGUAUGAAAUAAAGUCAAAAUAUUCAAAUGUCCAGUUUAAAAACUGAAUAAAUGAAGUUCAGCUGGUCAGCCUGCACACACUAUGAAUAUCCAACACUGAACUUGUCAGCCAUUUGCCUCUCAUCCUGUUAACUGUGAAACUGUCUAGAGUGGAGACACAUCAGACAUCAAGCGAUGUCGAAGCUCAGUAUCUUUUAACUUUGAAGCUAAAGAUCUGGGUUCAAAUCCCCACUGCUACUUUCUUUUCCACAUUAUCAUUAUUAUUAUUAUUUUGUUACUUUCCAUCAUUCAACUAAGUGAUACUACAUUACAACUUAAACAUGGAUUAUACAAAAAAUUAGAAUAACAAAACAAAACACAAUGUGGAAAACUCAACAGUUGCUUGCUGUUCUGUUGUAACCUGCUGACCCUCUGCAGCAUCGCCCCACCAGAGAGGGUUAAGCUCAGAUGACUGUAGAUGUAGUGAAAUCCUCCUGUUGUGUCCUCUCUCUUGUUUAUUGAAGGGCUUGAGUUCAUGCAGUAAUAUGACACACUGACUUUCCAAAUUAAAUGUGUCUGAUAGAUGUCAUGUUUUUCCCUCUGCCAUGCAGUUGAGUUCAAGUUCAAGUUUUUUGGAGGUCUGACAAACUCCAACCUAAAAACUUUGCAUCUUUAUUCAUCCAUAUUUUGUUCAAUAAAUCAACUUAUCCCCUCAGUUCAACUGAAACUACAUCUGUUAAAUCCAUGUCAACUUUUCAGUCUGACUAAAAUCAACCUUCUCAUUGUCACUCCAACAUAUAGUACUUAGAUAAGGCAGUUGGUAGUAGAUUUUCUCUGUCUUGUGAACACUUGAGUCCACACCUGUGUAAAGGUUUAGACUGAAAGGUAAAUGUUUAUUAAGGCUGGUGAGAGCUGUGAUGGAAGUGUGACCAAACAUGCUGAAAGACUAAACUGCCUACUCCUAAUAAACCUGUCCUCACUCCUCUCAGCCUGCCAUGGACUAGACUAAGUUUCCUGUUUUUUUUCAAUUUGUCACAUGUGUUGAGAGAAUCCUGGGCGAGCAGCUGAGAGUUUUUCUCAUGAGUCAUCAGGGCUGCAGGGUGGAAAUACACACAAGUGUCAUCAUGAUACACACACACACCCAUUCAGGCAGAUCCUUCCCAGACAUCCUUCCUAGAUGAAUCCCUUGGAAAGUGCUGGAACUGAAGUGGGGUAUCUAAGUGAACUUGCUCAGUCUCCUGCCACCUGUCCCUUGCCAUCUGGUCCUAGAUAAGCUGCAAGGGACCAAGAAGGAUGGGUGGAUGGUUGGAUAGAUGGAUGAAUGGAUAGUUGGAUGGAUAGUUAGAUGGAUGGAUGGAUAGAAAUAUGAAGAUUAUUUAACAAAAGGUUGGUGCUGGUGCAGCUCCACAAAACCCCAAAAGCGUUUUUUUAAAGGUAAUGUGCUGAAAAAUGUCUGAUUGUCUCUUUGAAGACUCCACUAAUUUCUGUCUAUAUUUCAUCAGCUCCAUCAGAUUUUAGUCUGAAUGGACUAAACUGUCUUCCUCAACAGGAAAUGACAUCAUUUUUCUUAACAAAGAGGCCUUGUUUUUUGGUUCCCACUUCCCAGGCAACCAAGAGUCAAGAAAUAUGAUUCUUGAUCAGACUGAGGAAUUUCUGUCGGACUGAACUUUGAGUGUUCAUGACCAGGGUCUGUGUCACUCAUUCAGUCUUCAGAAGCUUUGACUCUCUGGCUGCUCUGACAGCAGCCUCAUAAAGUGACACCUGAAACCAUAAGGAGGGAACGUUUACAGAAAUAAUACGACCAGAAUCCUUCAAUUCUCAUCAGAACUCAUUCGACUUCUGAUAGUGCUCAGAGAAAGCUGUGAAUGGUAUUUCCUUCCUCAUGUUACAUUUUUUACUCUGAAUCCUCAACAGUCCUGCAGAGUAAUCUCUCCCCAACAUGUCACAUGGCUGUCUUUUUUUUGUGCGAUGCCUGCAGCUGUUGAUUAGUAGAUACAUCUGACACCAAUAGAAGAUAAGUGUGUAACAUUGACAGGUGUAGAUAGGGAUAAAUGUUGAUCACUCACUCUGUACAGACAGAGAGAGCUGAAUCCUCGCACUUUUUCACAAAGAUGCAUGAUUGAUCACGUAUCAUAGUUGUCAGAAUUUAAGCAUCUACAAGAAACACAUACUGAAAAUUUCUGAGCUGGGAGAGAUGAAUAAGGGUUUUUAAAUGUUAAUGAUGAGUGCUUCCUCCCAGCAUGUGUACAGUUUUACUCAUGUAAUUUAAAGGCCUGUGCCUUUAUUAUGAGAGGGUAGAACAGUGGAUGGAGCAGAAAACAGGGAGAGAGUAGGAAGUAACAUUUUAAAAAAGAGGUUACAUGUGAAACCCGGGCUGCUCUCUUAAGGGCUGUAGCUUCUGUACACAAGGUGUGCAACUUCACCACCAGAGACCCCAGCAUGUGUAUGUUUGACCUGUUGGACUGAGGCCUUGGUGUACUGCUUGUGAACCCUAACCCUUUAAAGUUUUUUAAUACCAUUUAAUUCCAUUCAGUGUGAAGAUUUAAAGCAGGCCCACCACUUAAGACAAGGCAUAUACAACAGACCCAGUUAGAGAUUGCUCAGCUUUCAGUUCACUGUGUUCACUGUGCUGCCUCAUUGUAGUCACUUCAGACAAAACUGACUCUUGUUUUUAGCUUUACUCCAGCAGAGGGUACUAUACCAGAGCAGCAGAGUCAGAUGAGCUCAGCUUUCAGAGCACAGUGAAUACUAAUUACUCUGACAUUUAAAAAAGUACUAGAGGAGCUUCAUUUACUCUUUAGAGACAUUUAUCUCAGUCUUUGAAGACAUCGCUCAGGUUUGAAACUGAUGCAUUUCAACCAGGUUUGACCAGGUUUCAUUGGGGAAGUGCUCAGGCUAAUAAAAAAAAUCCUAACUGUUGGUGAAGUGGCUGACCUUAAUAUCCUUAUUAUGAAAACUCACUGACAGAUAAGCAAAGAAAAUUUGAUUAAGAACAUCACAGAUUAAGUGUGCCACGAGUGUAGAUGCUGACCCAGUCAACGUCUGUCUCUCUGGCUGUCUGUCUGUCUCUAUGUCUGUCUUCAGGGAGUCGGGCCUACGUGUUGCUUUCGCUCAGCCAGCAGGAUGGUAUUGAGCAGCACAUGGACUUUGAUAACCGCUACACUCUGCUGGAGCUGUUUGCUGAAACCACGUCCUCGGAGGAGCAUGGCAUCUCUUUUGAAGGGAUUCACCUGCCUCAGGUGAAAACACGGCACUCUCCCUAUGACAAAAUUCUGACCUGAAACUGUGAAACUGGGUUUUAAAAUGUUCAUCCACCCAAUUCCAAAACUCCUUUUGUUGAACCUUUGUUUGUCCAUAUUUUCAAUAAUAAUAAUGAUAAUGUUGAUAAUUAUCAUAAAAGUACACUUUUCAAAGAGACAAAGUAAGACAGAAAAAAUAAAGGCCAACAUAAGGUUUAUUUUGACCAAAUGGUCCUGGACUUUUUUUGAAGAGGAUCCAUCAGGGAAGGGAACCAGGUAGUGACAUGAGAACUGGACACAAUGGGGACUUGUUUCUGUCUGCAUUUGCGCCAUCACCACCACAGGGAUGAUUAGUUUGAACCUUUGAGUGAGGUUAGCUAGGCAAUGGUUGUUUGAGUGACGUCACUGGUGAAUGUUGUUGUGUGUUUAUGUUUAUGAAUAGAACUGAGUCUGAAAAGAGACAUGAACACUUCAGUACCUCUGUCUUUGCUCAGAUUCCAGGGAAACUGCUGUUCUCUCUGGUGAAGCGUUACCUGUGCGUCACAUCUCUGAUGGACAAACUCAGCACAGCCGGGGUGGAGUCUAACUCUGACCGGCAGGAUGCUAGCCCCUCUCCCGCCUCCUCCUCCAGCACCCUCCAUCAGACUGAUCACCUCCGCAUCCAAAGAGAGUUUGACUUCACCAUGGCCAUGGCAAACCUGAUCUCAGAGCUGGUCCGUGUCAUGGGCUGGGACCGGAACAGGCAGCCACUGGACAGUUCUGUCCAUCGCCAAGGUUCGGGUGGUAUCUCUGGGGAAGAGCAGGGAGAGGAAUCUCGCCCCGUCCUUCGAUCCAUUUUCCAGCCUCGCUUUUGUGCCUCACCUGUUGUCCUUGCCAGCAGCUCUGCUGUAGCUGCUCCCACCACCACACAACCGAAGAAGAAGACAGGAAAUGGAUACAAGACUCGCUCUGACUUUGCCAGCCGCUCUGCCUAUGUGGAAUACGUCCAGGACAACCUGAAGAGUGGCAUGAUGGUCCGCAUGCUCGAGGACUACGAGGAAGUGAGCGCUGGAGAUGAAGGAGAGUUUCGGUACAGCAAUGAUGGCUCGCCACCUGUUCAGGUGAGUACAGGACGUUGGUGCCAACUCUUUUAUUUGGAUCUGUUGGAGACAGAAACAGGGACAGUGUGAAAUGAAAAUGUGGGUGGAAAAAAAUAAACCUGCCUGUCUCCAAGAAAUAGAAAUCAUACAACAUACCGGACAGAACAUGUAGAAAGAUGUCCUGCUCUAAACAGGUUUAGAUGUUUGAGUGAAUCCCUGUUUAUAAACAUGGCUUCAGGACAUUUAAGACUGCUCAAAGAAGCAGCUCAAAGAAGAACAUUUAUGAUCAUUACUUUAUCAUUUCCAUGAAGUAAUAAUCACCAUAUUAAUUAUUUUGCACUGCAAACGCGGUAGUUCUUCUGCCUCAGUGUCUCGGUCUGAUUGCAUUUCCAUUAAGAAGUGAUCAGAAAUGUUCUUCCUUGAGCUGCGUCACCUCGCUGUAGAUGGUGAUGUACUCAUCUGAGAUCUUCGUACAAACAAGCGGCUGCUGGAAGAGAGUAGGUGAGUUGUGUUUAGUCUCUUUGCUAAAGAAACCAGGCAAAGUUAAAAAGAUGUUUGGUGGCUAGUGCUAUGGCUGGGACCCUAUAUGUACUGUUGAUGAAGUUAGGUGCUGCUCUGAGCAUUAUUUGUGGCUAUAGAGUUGCUUUUUGUUUGAGCGUGUGGCUCUCUGGACCGCUGUGUUUAGCUAUCUUGCGGGCAUUACCAAAGUUGGUAUAGCUAGAGAAGCAAGAGGUCGGCAACAUUAAUCUCUUGACAGGGUGUCUUACUCAGUGUUACAAUGUGUUUGACUCUAAAUUAAUUUUACGCCGCAAUAUUCCUUUAACAGAGUUACUGCAGGAGUGUGACCCUGCAGGGCUGCCAUGGCCCCUACAGAGUGCAUCCUCAAUAGCCAUACAUUUCUAUGAGGUUUGCAUUGUUUUUUUUUUAUUUCUCUCCUUUUCUCCAUGUCCUUCAGGUGUACUGGAAUGCCCUGUGCAGGACUUACUGGGUCCACUGGCACAUGGUGGAGAUACUGGGCAGUGGCAGCAGCAGUCAGGCUGAAAAGGAGACACAGGAAAAGGCCUCCACCCUUACAGAGACCCUCAAACUCACAGCAGGUAGAAACCUCAUCAGACACCUUGAAUGGUGUCUGUCUUUGUCAUCAUUGCCAUCUUAUAUGACAGACACAAGAAUCCAUACAAAACACAUGCAAAAACAAAAAUGACAGAUCAGAUAACGAGGUAAAAUCAAGCAACUGACACGCAGAAAACCUCAAAUAUUACCAGAGACGGGCCAGUGUCUCUACAGGGAUGAUUAGUAUCUUUUAAAACUAAGACUGGGAUCAGUAAGCAACACUAUUCUGAGAGUCUUUUAACCUGCAAACUAACAUAUAUGUCAGACUUCUCAAAUGAGCCACAAGAGUAAAAUCUCCUGCUUUGGAGAACAGCGCACUCACACAAACCCAACAAUUUUUUUAAAAUAAUAUCCUUGAAGCAUUCUCUUAAGCAACAUGAUGCCUUUGUAGGCUUGCUUUUUUACACCUAACCCACAAGGGGGCAGUGAGAGCUCAUGGAGAAGAGCAUGUAGCAUGUGGGAUAAUCUGUCCAAGUCGUCAUCACACCAGUGUGAUGAUCUUUAAUAAAGUGUCCUAAAUAUUUGUUUUACUGCUGAACUUUAGCACCUACACUGACAGGUGAAAGCUUGGAAGGUUGAGAUUCUUGUCCUCUUGAAUUCUGCCUGUCAAUACAGUACUUUUUUUAAUCAAUCUACUUUUUUAUUUUGACAUUAUAUUAUACACCGUAUCUUCCUCUAUAAUCAGUAAAAACUCUGAUUGGCAUACCUGUAAGCCAAAAUCCUUACACUAUAAUUAGUGUCCUCAAUUUAUUAAAAAUGUUUCUUUUUUUCAAUGAUUGACACAAUCAGAAGACAUCAAUAGAUCCUAGGACAGAGAAAUUAAUCCUUCUGUAAACCGCGGCAGAUUCUUUGAGGGCAUAUACACUACACUAAGAUCAUAACCAUGAUUGGAUUUAAAGCCGAAUAGAUAAUCUGUGUUACCAAUAUGCCAAUAUGCUAUAAUAAAAUCCUCUCCAGAACCUUUGAUCUUGGACCUUGGAAAGUAGAAUAGGCCAGUAAUGAUUAAAACUCCCCAUCUUGCCAGCUUUGUCUCCAAUGACUGGUACCAAAUGCCAGUCAUUAAAGACAAAGCUGGUCUCCACCUCCUGUGACCUUAGGAGGUGUAAAAAUGUCCUCCUGUGCUCCCUCAGUGAGUCAGACGUUCUUCUCCAAGCCCCCCGGAGGAUUGUACUCACUGCCGUACCUCUCAGAGGGUCUCCAGACAGAGCCACUGGCUCUGAGUCGGGCUGAGUGGUGGGAGAUCCUUUUCUUCAUCAAGAAGCUGGAACCAAAGCAGCAGCAGGAGAUCAACAGCAUCCUGCUGCAGAGCCUCGAUGACCAGGUGAGGAACACAUGCAAGAAGCAGAAGAGCAGCUGGAAUCAUAAUGUAGAUCCUCUUCAAACAUGUUGGUAUAGAAUACCUAAGAGAAGGUCUAUUCAUUCCUUAAACCUUUCAACCAUAACUUUUGAUCAGUUUAUGAAUGAUCCUGUUUUCCUUGCAAAUCAAAAUUGGACACUGCUAUAUUUGAAGACAAUAAACAGGGGUGGAGUGGUUGAUGAGUGGAAGAUUUGAUCCUGAGACUAUAAGAGAAGUGUCUGAACAUUUACUGUGUAUUUGAGGGAACAUUAAAAAGGUUCUUCAGGUUUUAUUUCUCAAGUUAAAGUUCCUCACACCUUUCAAGUCCCCAGGGUUCCCAGGCCCACUGGAGAACCUGGGAAACAUCUGACCAGUUUCCAGUCAUCGAAGAGAGAUGAAGGAUGAGAAAAAAACUGCUUGACCUUGAAGAUCUUGUGCUUUCUUAAAGGGUGAAACAGGGCUCCUGUUAGGUCAGAGUUCCUCAAAAUAGAUGAGACUGUUAUGUGAAAAAGGGAAACAGUGUUGAGGAUCAUGUCAAACAAGGCAAGACUAGGCCACACUUCACUCAGUAACAGCUGCAGUCUUACCAACUUGAGCAGCUGACGCCUCCACGAUGUAAGAAAUCUUGUAAGUGAAUAAUGUCAGACUGGUCAGCAGAUCAUGUUCAGUUGUUUAAGCCGGUCAGAUAGCUAGUUUGUUUCAUGUGCAGAAAUUCAAAGGUUUCAUAGGUGUGUUCAGUAUUGUGUUUAAACUAUGAACCACAUAAAAACCCUGGCAGUGGUGUUUUUUUGUCCUUUGCUAGCAUUUUUAUCUAUAGAAGAGUAUAGUUGAAUCUUGCUCCUGACAUUAAUAUUAGUCAUGUUCUGGAUUUUAUAGCAUAACACAGUGGAUUCUCCACCAACUCAAACAUGUUGCUGGCUCAGAGAACCAUGGAUGGUCAUGAGUGGAAUAAAGUGAAAUGUUCACUCAAGUUUAAUUUCUCACUUGCAAUAUAUUCAUGUGGUUGAAUAAAGGAAUAUUAACACUUGGAAAUGACCUGGAAAUUCCUGGAAAAUGAUUAGUAUAGAAACUUGUGAAUCAGGGUCUCGCAUAAGUCUGAAGGUCUUAAAAGGCACACGGUUUUGUCUUCUCAAAGUAAAGGACUCUUCAGGGGAAAAGCCUUCAGUCCAAAACUAAAACCACUUUACUGGGUUACCAAUCCAUGAAGCAACUAUUAUAAACUGUCAGUGAAGUCAGAUUGACAGAGUCAUCCGGGAUUAUUUGUGUAUAUGGCUGUCUGUAUGUCUCUCUCACUCUUGUCUUCUGUCUGUCUCUUUGUCCUGUCUGUCCUUAGGAGGCAGAGCUGGAUGACUGGUCUCUGAUUGGUCUGAGUGUUCCUGGAGACUUGGCAAAGAAGCUGUUGCACUACCUGAAGCAGAAGCUGCCUUCCUCAUGUCUGAGCGACCUGCUGUGCUCUCACACCUUCUGCAAACACUACCUGAGGAGAGGAGGGGGGAGUCUGGAGGAUGAGGAUCUGCUGGGUGAGGACACAGAGCGCUUGGUGUUUGUGAUGAAGCCUGUCUCACUCUGACUCUUAUUCUGCUUUCUUUUCCAGCUGAAAGCUCUCUUGGCUCCUCUGGCUUGGGAGGAGGGGGGGCAGGAGGACCCAGCUCCUCCUCCUCAUCCUCCGCCUCAGUCUCCUCUUCCUCAGCCAUGGGAUCCGUCUCUAAGAAAGCAAAGAAGGAACUUCCUGCCGAUUCCGGCUGUGGCAGCCCAGAGACAGAGAGCGAGCUACCAUCAGAGGAUGACAGUAAAUACCCUGAUGACCUGGAGGACAAGAUUAAAGGUGAGAGAUGGGUGUCCACUGAUCAACAGGAGGGACACUGGUCUGCAGGAAAUCCAGUGAUACAGCUGCAGGUGUUAAAGGUGAGCAGGUGAGGGCAUGCUGACUGUCUGUCAUGUCCUCUCUGCAGUGUUUAACAACCCUCGGGUCCAGGGGAAGAAGACCAUGCUGGAGAAGCUGGGGGAGGUGGUAGACAUCCUAAAGAAGGGAGGGGCAGGCUCAGACCAGGCCCAGCAGCUGGCAGCCGUCCUCUUCAUUACCAGGCUUCUGGAGGAGAAGGGCGGCCAGGAGAAGAACUCCAUGAGGAGUGAGUCCGCCCAGACUGUACGGUAAGAGAGCUCUGCAGAACGGUAAUACCAGAAUGUGUGAAAUGGAGACUUUCUAUUGUUUUGACGUGUGUGUGUGUGUUGUGAUUGUCGGAACUUCGCAGUGAAUUUUUUCACUUGUAUUCUCUGUAAAAAGGACAAAUGAGUUGCACCAUCGUUGUGCACCUGAUGUGUAUUAAUACUUUUAUUGCAGUGUGUAUGGAAUCAGAGAUGAAAUGAGGGGACAUCAGAGAUGACAUGUCUGAUGAAAGAGCUCAAGUUUAGUGAAGCUGCUGUAUCAUUUUUGUCAUCUUCUCAUGAAUAUAGUUUUCAAAUAACCUCAUGAAGGAUUUGUUUGUGCCAGACUGAGGGUAAGCAGAGUCUUUCGAGAGUCCCACUCUGCCUAGGGCUAUGUCUAGGGCUGCAGGAUUAUGUCAAAAACCAUCAUUACUAUUAUUUUUUGACCACAAUAAGUAAGAAGAGUUACUCAUGAUUUGACAUCUGCAUCCCAUGCAUUCAUGCAGCUUAAACCGUCUUCAAACUUAAAAACUCUUCAUUCUUAAAAAAGUGUUUUCAGGACUGGACAGUGCGACGGUUUCACUCACAUUUGUGACUAAAAAUGGAUGUGUGCGAAUUGUAAAAUGUAUUUAGGGGCACAUGUGCACAUAAAAAAAAUCAGGCGAGGCAACAAAUGUUUUUCAUGUAAAUACCGCAGUGAAGUUAGUUUUAGGUUGGAUAUUCAACGGAUGUUCACUGCGGAUCUUCCAGUGUCUUCUCACUCUCCAUAACUGGGAAUAGCAACAGCAGCGCGGUUAAAUCUACUUGAAUAAGGGACCAUCAAUAAAUUACUGGUUGAUGCUCUCAAAAAAGGCUGUUUCCCUUCAAUAGCUUCCAUGUCAUGUGUCCAACUGACCUAAAAUUGAUUUUAAGUAAUAGUACUAAUGUCGAUCAAUAAAUAGAGUUGGGUAUCGUUUGAUUUUAAUGGUUCCCGUUCCGAUUCUGAUUCCGAUUCCUUGUUUUGAUUCCGGUUCCUAACGGUUCUCUAUUUCGAUUCUGUUAAAAGGUUAAAAUGGUUUAAAUGAGGGUGCUAACCGUAGUUCUUUUUGGAUGAAAUUUCUGAACUUCUCCAUGAAUUUUUAAAUUGUAUUAACUUUUUAAGAACUUUACAAUGAAUUUCUCACAGGGUUAUUUUCAACCAGUAUAUAAAUAUCAGUUUUUGUUGUCAGGUCGUUUGUCUAUGAAAAAGAACAAGGGCUAACGUUAUUAUACGAUAUUUAAGUUGACCAACUGUACACAGUACAAUUUGUUUGCGCUUCAAAGUUAGCAGAAGACAGAAGUAAUUUAUUGUUUCACUUAUCUGAUUCUGGCUGGUUAGCAGAAGACCGGCAAAGCGCAUCAAAGACGGGCACUCGGGUAUUUCUCCUCCAUGAAUCCUGAGGUGUUUAAUCAUGUUGGUCGUGCACCCUCCUUUGCAUGAUAAAACUGUGUUGCUAAUGUUGCACUGAGAUAGGAGUUCAUUCUUCUUGCUAAAGUCAGCCAAACCUUUGACCGGAGCAGCUGUAGGUUGCAAUGCACUCUCUCUCUCCGUCUCUCUUCUCUCCUUUUUCUGUGGCUUCGUCUCAUAGGCUUAGUCCUCGUUGUUGUUCGGUGGCUUCUUCUUUGUUGGUGUUUAGAGGCGUCUUCCUCGUUGGUGUUCAGCUGCUAUUUCUUCAGGUCGACAGACUCCGGCAUCGAAAAUUUUAAUCAAAAUUUUAAAAUUUGAAUGGUUCCGGGAGAAUUGGAAUGUUAGUCCAAGUCCUCAUCGCUGCUCGAUGCCCAACCCUACUAAUAAGACACAAAUUAUUUGAUCAAUUUUCAUUGUGCUCUUCACGUUCUUUGUGUGCUCCUUACUUUUUUAACUUAGGAGCACAUGUGCUCCAUGUGAAAAAGUAAGUGUCAAGCCCUGUUUUUUUCUUUUCUGAGAGGGAUCACGCAUCAUUUUUCACCUCACUUUAAUAGGGCGCUCACACCAAGCGUGAGUAAAAUCAUCUACUCGCUUACUUGGCGCGAAUCUAGAUACGUGAAUGAAUAGUAUUUACUUGCUUCAUUCAUGCAUCAACCAUAAUUUCUAUGGUAAUCCCUGCCAAUUCAACCUGCGGAAUCAAGUGAUCGACAAAGGUUGUUUUACUAUUGACCAGGUAAUCCGACCACCUCACUCACUUGCCUCCAGACAAGCUCCUUUUUAUUCUGGUUUCGGUAAUUUAGGCUGUAUUGACUGAGCAAGAUCGUGUUGGUUCGUUCCACUUCAGUGGGGCAACAUAAACUGUGAUUCAUAAAAUAGCUCUAUUGAUAGUAAGUAAUAAAAAAAAUAUCUACUCAUGCCAUCCUGUCGAUUUUUAGUAAUCAGUGUUUCAGUGUUGAACUAUUUCCUUUCUGCGGCGUAGUGAUACUUGCACACGCGCAAUCGAAUAUGCAGAGGGGUGAAGCGAUUUUUGUCACGUGAACCAAUAGGAGCCGAGUCUCGUUGCCAUAGUAUCAGAAAUACACAAACAUGGCGACGAACGCAUCUAGCAGCGAGACAAGUGAAGAGGAAGAAAAGAAAAAGAAAUCAGCCUUCAAAAGUGCAUAAAAAGGAGCAAAACAAUGCUAUACAUCUAUCAUCUGUCCAGAGUGAAGACGUUCUCGACUUUACAAGGACACGUUGGGAAACUUACAGAACAUGUAUUAGAAAAUGGCUUUCUCUACAGGGUGAGACAAAGGACCUUGCAGAAACUUGUAAAUAUUGCGUUGAUAUCGACUUUGACAAUGUUCCUUAUGAUGCUGGGUUUCACAUGACAUGCUACCAGCGAUUUAUUUGCAAACGGCGUUUGAGGAACAAGAACGGGAUGCAGCUGGGGUCAGUCAAACCCCUCAGGCAGCAUCGCCAAUUCAUCCACGUCCACGGCAUCUGAAACUCCGCAAAAGAAACUUUGUUCGAGGUUAUAGGCUGUAUUGGGACAAAGGAAAAAGUGCCUAGAAAGUGAAUUUCGUUCCACUACGCUGGUGCUACUUGUUCAAUGCAUUUUUGCAUAGACAAUACCAUUCUGGACUUUGGGUUAAAAUAUCUUCUCAGACUAUCUGUCCGACUUUUGUCACCAGCCAGAAAUGUACAUACAUGUGAGCAACACAAAAAACAAUUAGAGGGUGCUGCUGUUUUUGCUUGUAGAAACUGCUAUGUUGAUUCUGGCAAGACAAAAUCUUUCUCAAAUGUCAAAAAUACAUCUACCUAACAUCUGAAAGAGUUAUUGGUGCCUUAGUAUACGCAUAAGUGAAUUCAGAUUAUAAAAUGUAGCAAAUUUCUUGAAGAAAACGUCUCAACUCAAGUGAUUCGCACCCAGCACAAUGAAAUAUAUACAGUAAAUUUAGCUAAAAGCUUAUGUUUCAUACAUAAAAAUGACACAACCUACUGUGUAAUAAAAGCAAUAAAAUAUGAACAGCACAUCAUGGCCAUAAAUGGCUGAAAGUCAAUCACAUUGCUACCACGCCCCCCAAAAUUGUAAUAAUGGAAAAAAUGUAACAAGACAAAAAUAAAUGCACUAAAGGUCUGAAUUAAUUGAAAAUAUGGUAUAAAACAUUUAUUCAAGUAUCACAGUGUCAAAACAUCUGACUUUUAUUUAGUCUUACAAGAACAUCGUUCAGUCUCACAUUUGGUUGUCUUGCAACUACAGUGGACUGUCUGCAAAACACUAUAAGGGGCAGGAUUUGUGAAGAAAGUGUGAAGGGGCACACAUUUUUCCAGUCAGAGAAUGUUUCAUCACAGCUGCUUGGUAGUUUGCUCUCACGCAGUGUUGGUACAGGGCGUCACUUGUUGGGGGAAUGGACAGUUCUGGCAAAGCUGACGAGGCCAUGCAGAAAGAUUUGUAUCUGGCAUCAUUUACAUUUUUGGCAGAUGACUGGCCAUACAGGUGGCACAUAUAAUUACUCAGCGUGUUAAAGGUGUUCGUCAAGGUUAAAACUGUUGCCCAGAUUUGCAAACCCAGUCAGGUAUUCUUCUUUCUGACAAGCAACAGAAAAUGUUUUUCUUUUGCCCUUGCCAUGAAAUGCACUGGUCGAGUCACAACCUGUGAAUGUAUGGAUGUUCUUGUAUGUCUGCAAGACUAUCUUGUACAGAUUUAUGUUGGUGCCAAGCAUGUGAGAAUGCUUCAAAGGGAACAGAAGAAAGAGCUGUAUGGGAUGAUGACUCUGAUUAAAGUGAUAGUGAUGCGUAAUAUAUGCAACAUGUACAAUUUGUUUUGUUUAAAGGAUUGCUACACCAAGAUUUGAGAUUUUUAUUAUUUUUAUAUUUGUUCUACAUUUGUCUGUGUUUGUGUUUUGAUCUUUAUUUUCAUAUUCUGAAGGGACUGAUAAGUGUCAGAUGUUUUGACACUGUGAUACUUGAAUAAAUGUUUUAUACCAUAUUUUGAAUUAAUUCAGACCUUUUGUGCAUUUAUUUUUGUCUUGUUACAUUUUUUCCAUUAUUCCAAUUUUAGGGGACGUGGUAGCAAUUUGAUUGACUUUCAGCUAUUUAUGGCCUAAUGUGCUGUUUACAUUUUAUUGCUUUUAUUACACAGUAGGUUGUGUCAUUUUUAUGUAUGAAACAUACUGUAUAUAUUUCAUUGUGCUGGGUUCAAGUCACUUGAGUUGAGACGUUUUCUUCAAGAAAUUUGCUACAUUUCAUAAUCUGAAUUCACUUUUGCGUAUACUAAGGCACCAAUAACUGUUUCAGAUGUUAGGUAGAUGUAUUUUUGACAUUUGAGAAAGAUUUUGUCUUGCCAGAAUCAACAUAGCAGUUUCUACAAGCAAAAACAGCAGCACCAUAUAAUUGCUUUUUGAGUUACUCACAUAUAUGUACAUUUCUGGCUGGUGACAAAAGUCGGACAGAUAGUCUGAGUAGAUAUUUUAACCCAAAGUCCAGAAUGGUAUUGUCUAUGCAAAAAUGCAUUGAACAAGUAGCACCAGCGUAGUGGAACGAAAUUCACUUUCUAGGCACUUUUUCCUUUGUCCCAAUACAGCCUAUAACCUCGAGCAAAGUUUCUUUCGCGGAGUUUCAGAUGCCGUGGACGUGGAUGAAUCGGCGAUGCUGCCUGAGGGGUUUGACUGACUCACGGCUGCAUCACGUUCUUGUUUCUCAAACGCCUCUUGCAAAUAAAUCGCUGGUAGCAUGUCAUGUGAAACCCAGCGUCGUCAGGAACAUUGUCAAAGUCGAUAUCAACGCAAUGUUUAUAAGUUUCUGCAAGGUCCUUUGUCUCACCCUGUAGAGAAAGCCACUUUCUAAUACUAGUUCUGUUAGUUUCCCAAAGUGUCCAUGUAAAGUCGCGAACGUCUUCACUCUGGACAGAUGAUAGAUGCAUAUAGCAUCGUUUUGCUCCUUUUUUAUGCACUUUUGAAGGCUGAUUUCUUUUUUCUUUCUCUUUUCUUCCUCUUCACUUGUCUCGCUGCUAGAUGCGUUCGUCGCCAUGUUCGUGUAUUUCUGAUACUAUGGCAACGAGACUCGGCUCCUAUUGGUCCACGUGACAAAAAUCGCUUCACCCCUCUGCAUAUUCGAUUGCGCGUGUGCAAGUAUAACUACGCCGCAGAAAGGAAAUAGUCCGACACCGAAACACUGAUUACUAAAAAUUGACAGGAUGGCAUGAGUAGAUAUUUUUUUUAGUACUUACUAUCAAUAGAGCUAUUUUAUGAAUCACAGUUUAUGUUGCCCCACUGAAGUGGAACGAGAUUCACUUUCUAAGCACUUUUUCCUCUGUCCCAAUACAGCCUAAUUGAAAGAAAAGGUAACAUAUAAUUCAGGGCUCCCACACACCAACACGAUCAGUUUCUCUUCCAAUUUAGAUAGCAGUGAACAACCGUCAGUUUUCAUUCGUCACCCGGCAACCUUUGCACUGAUUGGUUAUCGCAACACAAACAUCCACUCAAUUUGAGACUUUUCAGCUCCUGCCUAAUUCACGUCAUAUUUGCCAAUGUUUGUGCGAAUGAUUUUACUCUUGCUUGGUGUGUGGAGACAGUAAGAGUUUUGUUCAAUUUUGUUGACUCGCCAUAUUAUUAAUCAGAUUUCACUUUACAGUGUGACAUUAAAGAUUAAAGGAUUUGAGCUCUUUUACCUCUUUGACUUAAUCCCAGGCUGCAGAUCAGACAAAUCAAAUGUCCCUAAGAUACUUUGACACAAACUGACACACACUCCUGCCUCCUCUCACUGCUUUCCUCCUUCUGCUCCUCCCUCUGCUCCUCUUCCUGCUUUCCUCCUUCUGCUCCUCUUCCUGCUCUUCUUUCUUCUCCUCCCACUCCUCUCUCUGCCCUCUUUCCCCUCCUGCCUUGCUCCUGUAAUUAAAAUAUAAAUCCAUCAUUGCACAGCUUCAUCAUGUUUUCCACACCUUCUCAGAACUUAAGUUUCUUGUUUCUGUCUCUGACAGGGACAAGGUGCUCAAGCUGCUGGUGGAGCUGCUGUCCUCAUCCUCCAGAGACCUUGUGAUCAGUACACUGAGACUCACUCACCUCAUCAUGCUCAAAUACGAGUGGAGGGUGUCCUUCGCCUCUGAGGGAGGGGUCAAAGCUGUUCUGUCCUGCAUGCAGGAGUUCUCCAAUGUCACUCAAGUCCAGCAGCUGUCGCUCGCUGUGAGAAACCCUCCUUGAAACAGGCUUUAAAAUCUAGAGAUACUAAACAAUAAGUGGAUGCCUCCAAUAGUACACAUAGUACUCCAUUUGGAUGAGAUUUUAUUUCCUACUGAAAAAAUUCACAGAAACACUAUGGAUGAAGAAUUUCUUCCUGUUUAAAAUAUGACAGACACUGACACCAAGCUUGUUGUGUUGAGAUUGAUGCCUUAUGGUAAACUUUGGCUACUCUGUUUUUUGUUUUUUUUAAUGUUAUUACUGCAGUUAAAAAGAGUGGAAUCAAGGAUAUCUGUAUGCUCCUGUGGUCUCAUAAGAGUAUCUGUCAGAAGUUAACCCUCGGUUCCUGGUAAUUUUAAGCUCCAUCCAGCCUACUUUGUCUCCAAAACGGACAUGCAGAUAGGUGUUAAUGAAAUAAUCGUGUUUUUUUUACUUUUUUUGACUCAAAUAUCUCAAACAAUUUCAGCCCUAACCAUUAAAAAAAUAAUGAUUAUGUAUUACCCUUUUUAUGCCAGUUAUUGUGCACCAUGUCAUAAGACUUGGAUUUAUUGAAAGAGUGUGCAUUCUAAACAGGUGUGUCUAUUGGAGUGGAAAAACACAUAAAUUUUACCUGCUAUUCUGGAGCCUCGUCCUUUACCAAAUCAAAUGCGAUCGAAUUCGCUUAAUCAUGUUAAAUUAAUUUUAUGUGUGGGCAUAUCAAAUCUGAAGAUGUAUGUAAGAUAGGAAUCAUUUACAAGUGCUUAUCCACCUCCAACAAAAAUAUGAUCACGAUUAUGCUGAUUACGCGCAUAAAUUUUUUUACUGCAUAUUAGAGAUGUAAUGUAUAUUCUCACCUAUUAAUCCAAAGGACCUGUGAAUCCUCAUGCAUGUCCAUCCACUUGUUAUGAAGUGAGGCCAAAGUUGAAAAUGUCAAAAUGUCCCCCUCUCUUAGUCCCACACUGCAGAACUUUGAUGUCGCAUUUUCGACUAUAAAAACUCUGCUCACGGCAUUAGUCAGUUAUAGACAUGAACUAAGAUUUGCACCCGUGCACACACGCAGGAGCACACAAACUUUUUCUUACACAAGUAGCCCACUCUUAGACAUCCAUAUCUUGUGGCAUGCAUAGUUUCAUUCAAUUGUGAUAAUGUUUAGUGUAUGAAAUAGCACUUCAAACACUCUGAUUCCAUGAAUAAAGACUUUCAUGUGCAGCACUGAAGGGGUUAAAAUUAUGUGCUGGCACAAUCUGUCGUAUCAUUGUAAAAAAGUAAAAUUUAGAGCUCUGGUGAUUGAGUGACUGCAGAAAAAGGUUGCAAUAUGUUGUUAUGGUGCCAUAAACACAUGGUCACAAAAACGCGUUUUUAGUGGAAGUCUGUUGUCCGUUUCAUGGACAAAGUAGGCUGGAUGGAGCUAAAAUGUGGCAACAGAGUUCUAUAGAGGACACUUUUUUAGGGAAAAAUAAGAACUCUCACCAAAUAUAAUGCCACAAUCUUUAAAAAUGUGACUGUCAGCUCAAAAGAAAGAUGAAAAAAAUGACAAGUGUCAGCUCCCUGUGAACCUGUGUGAUUGUUGUUUCUGUUUCUUGUCAGACUCUGAAGGUGAUCACUGGAGCCAGUAAACACGACCUGCGCAGUGUCGGCAGCAGCCUUCCCCUGUCCGAGUCCGGCACUCAGAUGAUGUUAGAGAUUUUCGCCAGCAUUGGCUCGGCCACGCCUGAAGGCUCUAAAGGCCUACUGGGGGCCAUCCCUGCUGCGAUCGAUCUUAUGCUCAAGACGAAAGGGUGAGUGGCUGCAGCAGGUUCAGGUUUUAUUUAACCCUGAGGGUGUGACUCUGAUCAUUGAUUCUCUGUGCAGCUGUAUGCUGUCAGUGCGGAACGGCCUGCUCGUCAUUAUAAUGCUCAUCUCAAACCACAAGAGUCUGGCAGAGCAGCUGGUGGCCUGUGAUGUAACAACGGUCCUCAAAAAGUGUUUGACUCUGUCCAGAGCCGAGACCAUGCUGGCCAUCAUCGCCCUCAACCACAUCUCCAUGGUGCACAAGCUGGAGAGCAAAGGUACCCUGAGGUCUCUGUCCAUAUGACUGGGUGGCUCAUUCCUGGUGUUCCUACACAUGCCCAUGCACCGACUAUUUUGCCAGCCUUUUAGGUUAAACCUGAAUGUGCAGAAGAGAAAGAAAUCCAAAGAUUUUAGUGGAAGACGUACGAAAGGAGCUGAUGACAGCCUGAAGUGCAGAAUCAGUGAAGGCUGCUACAGAAAAAAUGAUACAUUUGACUGCUGCUAGGUUAACCCUUGUGUGUGUGUGUGUGUGUGUGUGUGUGUGUGUGUGUGUGUGUGUGUGUGUGUGUGUGUGUGUGUGUGUGUGUGUGUGUGUGUGUGUGUGUGUGUGUGUGUGUGUGUGUGUGGUCAGAGUGCCGGGAGCAGCUGGACUAUAAGGACAUGGAGCUGCAAAUGUUAGUGGUCAGUCUGAAGGAGCUGACAGCCACUAAAGAGGUGAUUCAGACUCUGGAGCAGCUGCUGUGUGAAGACACCUCACAGCUGGAGGAGAAACGCAGCCAGGUACACAAACAUACACACACAUAUUGGCCCUCAUUUAUCAAGCUUGCACAGAUCUGAGCGCACAUCUGAGCGCAGGAUUCAUCGUACGAUAGGACACACGUGAGAUUUAUGAAAGGGUUCGUAUCUGACCAAUCCCAGCGGACGUAUGAUCGGGUCUUGAUAAAUGCAGCGGCUGAAAUCGAUCGUCAUUAACAUAUUUACGCCCUUAAAUAUCUGUGGUUCAGGAGCCUCGCCCACUGAGGUCAAACCAUAGACUGUAUAUACUAUGGACAACCUGGUUCCGCCUACCGCCUGUAUACUGAUUUGAAGCCAAAAAGCUCUCGGUAUUUCCGGGAUUUUUCUUCAUUUCCUGAAACCAGCGCUGUGCAGUAGCGUUGUGCGCAUUCGGCCACGCAGCCGCAGAGAGUCACUGUGAUGACACUCGGCUCAAACAGCGUAUCCCCCGGGAGAGCUACUCAAUCCCUGAACGCUCAUAGGCUGUAUCAGGUGUCAAUCAUAGCAAACAGGAACCCCCUAAUAACUUUUAAAAACGGAGCUUCACAGAAAAAAGAGGACUUAAGCACAAACCAGUCUUACAAUAACUACAUGUCAACAUCGCAAGCAGGGGGGAGAAAAAUUUGUUCUGUGUAAUAAAUUUCUAAAGUUGGUCCACAGGCCCAUAAGCUUUGCUGGCGGAGGCGGGAUUUAUGACCUGUACUGCAGCCCAUCAACACAGGGUGCUGUUCUCGGAGUGGCUUUACCCAGCGAGGAGGCAGACGGCGUCCAUUCUAUAUACAGGCUAUCGGUCAAACAUAAAAGAGGAGAAAUAUUAGAAAGAUUUGAAACUUUUCCGAGCUGAAAGUGGAUAUCCUCACAUCUGUGGUGGAAACUAACAAGGAUUUUCUCUUUGGAAGCAUCAAAACUGGUAUAAAAGCAGUCCAGAAAACUCCUGUCUGGAACAGGAUUAUGGUGGCGGUGAACAGCGCUGCCGCUGAAUAGCCGACAGUGGCAGAAGUUUGAAGAAAUCAUUAGUAAGUUGCUCAUGAUGAUAAAUUAAUAUCUCAUACAUGCCUCAUAUUUUUUAUUGCCAUGACAUAGGGUACGUUGCUUCUAUUAUUGAAAGUAUUUUGUUUUAAUUUGUUGCGUCUUUGUAAUGUAGAGCAGACAGGAGAGUCUAACAGAGGCUGAACAAAAAUAAUUAUUAACGUCACCAAAAGGUGUGUCGCUGCCCCUGAGGCACAUUUUUUAAAAUUUCUAUUGGAUUUUUAUCACUGAUUAAAUAGCAAGAGCACUUUCUAAACUUACACUUUACAUGUCAGAAUCCAUCGAUAAGGUCCUGUCUCCUCUGUACAGCACCUUUGUGGAGUCUCUCCUCAUUAUUGUUCUCAGGGCACCGGGUCCUCACGUUGCACCGGCACAGCCAACGGCACUUCAUUCGACAGUGCAACAUUGUGCAAAACUGUUGUGGCCCAAAUGAUGUCCCACACCCUUUCAGGAGGGUACAACAACGUCCCCGUGUGCGUGUGUGCGCAAUGUUGAAACGGCGCUCAUGCUCUGUGGCAGUAUUUCUGGGCAUAGUUAUUAAAUAGGCCUAUUCACCAAGGAGAUAACAAAUUUAUUUCAUUUUAUUUUAUUUACGUCUUAAUCUUUAAUGAAAUCUGACUGAUUGUGCUUAAUGACAGGUUUGAGGUUUGUAUAUCAAUUAUUUUGAGACAGACAUUUGCUGCACCGCAAAUCCACACUGACUCAAACUUGCGUACACGAUGUCAGACCUGUCGUGAGAUUUGGUCGUAGCGUACGCUCACGUGCAGAUUGAUAAAUGAAGAUCCUCACAUCUAAAUUUUCGUAUGCAAGGUGUGCGCAAGUUUUCUGCCGUACGCAAGCUUGAUAAAUGAGGGCCAUUAAGUUGAAUGGCAGCAAAAAAUUCCAUGGUACCAAUGCUUUAAUAAGAAGGAUGAGUACUCAGUGAGGAAACCCAUCCCUUUGACUGUUUCAAAUUUGGCUCAAAAAUAUUUCUGCACACAACUCACCUGCUGCUGUCAAAUGGAAAUCCCAUGAUGGAAAUAACCCAAAUGUGUGUGCUGUCUGAUUUUUGGGUACCUUCAUUCAAUUCUAGGUAAAUUAACCAGUAUCCCUGCAUAUCCUGGGGAAGUCUAACCCUAACCCAGGACAAAGAAGGGAGUAAGAAAUUGUAGGGGAACUGUUCAUUAGAUAUGCCACACCUGUGUCAAAUUUUUGCAUUGUCUUCUUCUUUGAGGAUCUCAAAGCUCUUAAAACAGCACUUACUUAUAAUACCUUGUAAUGGAGCUGAUAGAAAGAUGCUGGUCUUUACCCCGUAAGUAAGGUGGAAACAUUUUUUUCUUCUUCAGGUGACUCACAGCAGAGACACUUACCAGGAUCUGGUUCGUCUGAUGGAGCAGCACCGAGCUGACCGGGCUGUCCAGCUUUCCAUUCUCAGGUAUUGACCUACCUCACACUGUGACUUCAGUGUUUCCCCAACAUUCAUUCAGCAGCGGGGCUACCCCUCUGCUAAAUUACAUGCACCGCCACAAAAAUUUCACAUGAUCAUUAAUAUCAAUGUGCCACUAUUGAGUUCUACUCGCACUGUGUGAGCACAAGAGCACACGGCAUGAUUUUAGACUUGUUUUGAGUCAUCAAAGAAGCGCAUCAAAUCCUGUCAGACCUUCUUCCAUCAAUGUGAAAGGUAACGUUCAAGCUUAUCCGUGGUCUGUAUAGCGAUUAGCGCAAAACGUAAUGUAACGUGAACGUAACAGUGUAGCUCCUUGAGUGGCAAGAGAGUGGGGGUAACAGCGAAAAUUUCUAGGUGAAGACUGACCUGAGGAACAGGCUACAAGAAGAGCAUCUCGCCAUCUGCAUGCGUGUAAGCAUGCAGAUGGCUCACACACAUGCUCACACACUGAGUUCAACUAUCAAAGAGCUCUGGAGCUUUUUUCAAAAAGCCCAGAAAAAUCAGACUUUCACAGGCUUGAUGUAGGCUGUGUAUAUAAGUACUCUGGUCUGUAAAUAAAUAACAGGUGCGAGUAAAUGACAUUAAUUAUUUUUAUUUUUUUAAGAUAAAUGUCAAAAGCUGUAAAUUGAGACAAAAUACAAACCUGUAUAAUCAUUUCUAUAAGGAUUCCAGGGUCUGCUGAAAAAAAUUCUCGGGGAAACACUGUGACUUUUGACCCCAGUGAUGCUGCUGCUGCUGUUGUUUUUUUCUGAUUGGCUGUUUGUUCCUGCAGGAUCUUAAACAAAUUCUUAGACAACUACCAGGAGGACAUGCUGCCCUGGCAUGAGAGCAUUGAGCCCUGCCUGUCCUCCAUGACGGCUUUGAUCAACGACAAAGAGGUCAGUAUAGACCAGGACCAGGAGGAUCAAACCUUUCUGAUUAUGUGUUUGGUGACCCCCUGUGAUUGGGUGUCCAGGUGGUCCAGAACUUUAUCCGCUUCCUGUACCGGCUUGCAUCCUUGAACAAAGACUACGCAGUGGUGAUGUGCCGUCUUGGAACCAAAGAGGCUUUGGUAAAAGCUCUGGACAAACACAGCACCUACCUGCUGCUGGUCACUGAGCUACGAGACCUCAUCACUGACUGUGAGAAAUACGCCAGCCUCUACAAAAAGAUGACCACCAGUGUCUUGGCAGGAUGUAUCCAGGUAUGUGGGGAGCGGGUCAGGAAUCUUAAAGAGGCAUGAAAACACUUCUGCUCAGGCAUUUAAUCCUGUAGGAGCACUUAGGCAGCAAAACUGGCUUUCAUGAGUGCAAUAGUAGAAACAGAUGAUAGUCUUUACAUCCCUAAAUUCAUAGUAACACAAUGAAAUGCAUGAAAACAAUUUGAUCACUUAAAAAAAAAAAACUUGGAUACAAUUCAAAUGAAAGAGGGUUAACUGCUGUUUUGACAUUACAACAACAAAGUCUGAACUCCUGGAUGAGCGUGUGGAUGCCAGGUGCUGUCUGCAGCAAACACUGAUGUAAACAAAACGAACACACACCUGACUCGACAGUGCGACGGUUUCACUCGCAUUUGUGACUAAAAAUAGAUGUGUGCAAAUUGUAAAAUGUAUUUAGGGGCACAUGUGCACAUAAAAAAAAUCAGGAAAGGCAACAAAUGUUUUUCAUGUAAAUACUGCGGUGAAGUUAGUUUUAGGUUGGAUAUUCGACGGACGUUCACUGCGGAUCUACCAGUGUCUUCUCACUCUCCAUAACUGGGAAUAGCAACAGCAGCGUGGUUAAAUCUACUCGGCACCCUCGCUGUCAACGUCAGGUGUUGAAUAAGGGACCAUCAAUAAAUUACCGGUUGACGUUCUUCCAUGCCAUGUGACCAAUUUACCUAAAAUUGAUUUCAAAUAAUAUUAACUAAGGUCAGACGAUAAGAUGCAUCUCUUUAUUUCCCUAAUUUGUCCUCUAAAAAUUUUGUGUUAAAUUUAAAGGCAAAUUUUGAACAUUUUCUUCAAUAGCUUCCAUGUCAUGGGACAAACUGACCUAAAAUUGAUUUCAAAUAAUAGAACUUAUGUCGGCCAAUAAGACACACAUUAUUUAAUCCAUUUUCAUUGUGCCCCUAAAGUCCUUUUUGUGCCCCUUACUUUUUGAACUUAGGAGCACAUGUGCUCCUUGUGAAAAAAGUCAGUGUCAAGCCCUGACACACAUGUGAUUUAAUGUCUGCUGCAGAGAGAAAGCAAAGGAAACACACAGAGAGGACACUUGAUCUCAUUAUGUUUGUCAUUAGUCCACCUAUGGACUGCGACAUGUAGCAUCACUAAGCUGUACAAUGACUGAGGUUGAUAAAACAACUACCGUAGGUUUAUACUCUGCAGAGUCACACUCACCACCACACACCUGCUUUGGAUUAUCAAUCGUAAUUCAGAGGACAUCUUUAAUUUUGUACAAAAUUAAAAAUGUACAAAUCAACUGAAGUGAAGACACGAGUAGGCUCAUAGAGAAUUUAGACUUAAACAAUUCUCAUCACAAUGUAGGAGUGGAAAAUGUCUGAUUAUGUCUGAUAUCAGCUGUGAGUGAAACUCAACUCCUUGUUCUUAGUUCAGCAUACAGGUAAAAAUACACCGGUCUGGUGCUGCUUUGUUUGAAUCUGAUCAGUUGUUUCACGUGUAAAUUUGUGUUCUGCUGACAUCAGCAUUUCACCUGAUCAUGUCUCUCAGAUGGUGUUGGGCCAGAUUGAGGAGCAUCGUCGUAGCCAUCAACCAAUCAACAUCCCCUUCUUUGAUGUCUUCCUCCGAAAUCUUUGCCAAGGUCUGUUUAAUGAUACAUGGUGGUUUCUUCUGGAUGUAGGAUGUGAUGGUUCUUCAUAAAAAAAGAGAGUAACUAAAUGAGUCAUGCUUUUAUUCUGUAAGAGCAGAAAGAGGAAGUAUGUGUAGAGUAAUAACUGGUGUAACUGGUGCUGUGUUCAGGCUCCAGUGUGGAGCUGAAGGAGGAUAAGUGCUGGGAGAAAGUGGAGGUUUCGUCCAAUCACCAUCGAGCCAACAAACUAACCGAUAAAAACCCCAAAACCUACUGGGAGUCCAAUGGCUGCACCGGAUCACACUUCAUCAACAUCUACAUGCACAAAGGAGUCAUCAUCAGGUGAUGACACUGUUGACACAACCAAUACUGAUAGAUAUUUGAAAGAUCUGCUCAAUAUGAUAAACAUCAUACAGUACCUGUUCAAAGUCAAGUUCAGCAUUUUGCUUGUUACUGUGUCUGUGUUGACAAGAUGACUAAAAGAGAUGCCUGUGUGUGUGUGUGUUUGUGUGUGUGUGUGUGUGUGUGUGUGUGUGUGGGUGUGUGUGUGUGUAGACAACUUGCUAUCCUUGUAGCGAGUGAGGACUCAAGCUACAUGCCAGCCCGAAUCCUUGUCCUGGGAGGAGAUGAGCCGACCAACAUAAACACUGAACUAAACACGGUGAGUCCAAGUCUCUAGAGGACAGCUAAGCACGAACUCUGUGGAUGUUGAGUCUGAAGUCACAUUGGACAUUCAGAGAAUUUGUUUGAGGUCCAGUUUAUUGAAUGUUGCUGAAUGAACCUGUGAUCAGUCAUUACCUAAAUCAGCAGCCAUAGGCUGUAUUGGCUGAGCGAGAUCGUGUUGGUUCGUUCCACUUUAGUGGGGCAACAUAAACUGUGAUUCAUAAAAUAGCUCUAUUGAUAGUAAGUACGAAAAAAAAAUAUCUACUCAUGCCAUCCUGUCGAUUUUUAGUAAUCAGUGUUUAGGUGUCGAACUAUUUCCUUUAUGUGGCGCAGUGAUACUUGCACACGCGCAAUCGAAUAUGCAGAGGGGUGAAGCGAUUUUUGUCACGUGGACCAAUAGGAGCCGAGUCUCAUUGCCAUAGUAUCAGAAAUACACAAACAUGGCGACGAACGCAUCUAGCAGCGAGACAAGUGAAGAGGAAGAAAAAGAAAAAAGAAAACAGCCUUCAAAAGUGCAUAAAAAAGGAACGAAACGAUAUGCAUCUAUCAUCUGUCCAGAGUAAAGACGUUCUCGACUUUACAAGGACACGUUGGGAAACUUACAGAACUAGUUUUAGAAAGUGGCUUUCUCUACAGGGUGAGACAAAGGACCAGCCAGAAAUGUACAAAUAUGUUAGUAACACAAAAAACAAUUAUAUGGUGCUGCUGUUUUUUUACAUAAAAAUGACACAACCUACUGUGUAAUAAAAGCAAUAAAAUGUAAACAGCACAUCAUGGCCAUAAAUGGCUGAAAGUUAAUCAAAUUGCUACCACGCCCCCCAAAAUUGGAAUAAUGAAAAAAAUGUAACAAGACAAAAAUAAAUGCACAAAAGGUCUGAAUUAAUCCAAAAUAUGGUAUAACACAUUUAUUUAAGUAUCACAGUGUCAAAACAUCUGACAUUUAUCAAUCCCUCCAGAAUAUGAAAAUCAAGAUCAAAACACAAUGUGUGUAUGGGAUGAUGACUCUGAUGAAAGUGAUAGUGGUGCGUAUAUUACGCAUCACUAUCUCAUGCCACCAUGUACAAUUUGUUUUGUUUAAAGGAUUGCUACACCGAGAUUUGAGAUUUUUAUUAUUUAUAUAUUUGUUCUACAUUUGUCUGUUUUGAUCUUAAUUUUCAUAUUCUGGAGGGGUUGAUAAUGUUUUGACACUGUGAUACUUGAAUAAAUGUUUUUUUUACCAUAUUUUGGAUUAAUUCAGACCUUUUGUGCAUUUAUUUUUGUCUUGUUACAUUUUUUCCAUUAUUCCAAUUUUGGGGGGCAUGGUAGCAAUUUGAUUGAUUUUCAGCCAUUUAUGGCCAUGAUGUGCUGUUCAUAUUUUAUUGCUUUUAUUACACAGUAGGUUGUGUCAUUUUUAUGUAUGAAACAUAAGCUUUUAGCUAAAUUUACUGUAUAUAUUUCAUUGUGCUGGGUGCAAAUCACUUGAGUUGAGACGUUUUCUUCAAGAAAUUUGCUACAUUUCAUAAUCUGAAUUCACUUAUGCGUAUACUAAGGCACCAAUAACUCUUUCAGAUGUUAGGUAGAUGUAUUUAUGACAUUUGAGAGAGAUUUUGUCUUGCCAGAAUCAACAUAGCAGUUUCUACAAGCAAAAACAGCAGCACCAUAUAAUUGUUUUUGUGUUACUCACAUAUAUGUACAUUUCUGGCUGGUCCUUUGUCUCACCCUGUAGAGAAAGACACUUUCUAAAACUAGUUCUGUAAGUUUCCCAACGUGUCCUUGUAAAGUCGAGAACGUCUUCACUCUGGACAGAUGAUAGAUGCAUAUAGCAUCGUUUUGUUCCUUUUUUCUGCACUUUUGAAGGCUGUUUUCUUUUUUUCUUUUUCUUCCUCUUCACUUGUCUCGCUGCUAGAUGCGUUCGUCGCCAUGUUUGUGUAUUUCUGAUACUAUGGCAACGAGACUCGGCUCCUAUUGGUUCACGUGACAAAAAUCGCUUCACCCCUCUGCAUAUUCGAUUGCGCGUGUGCAAGUAUCACUACGCCGCAGAAAGGAAAUAAUUUGACACCGAAACACUGAUUACUAAAAAUCGACAGGAUGGCAUGAGUAGAUAUUUUUUUUUUAGUACUUACUAACAAUACAGCUAUUUUAUGAAUCACAGUUUAUGUUGCCCCACUAAAGUGGAACGAGAUUCACUUCCUAGGCACUUUUCCCUCUGUCCCAAUACAGCCUACCAGUCCUGGAUCUCCCCUCUUUUUUGUUCCCCCCCGAUCACUUAAACUUCAAGAGCCUUACACUGACUAACUAAUCUCAGUGUGAUCUUGCCUCUAAUUAACUCUUAAACUUCCUGCUUCUAUAUUUGACUCCUCUCCCACUCAGAUAAUCAAAUCCAUCCCAAACAUGACUUUUCUGUUGUAGCCCCCAUCCUCUGGAAUCAACUCCCAUAAUCCACCACAGCUCUGAAAAUGUGAACUGUUUCAGGAAGCAUCUAGGAAUGAUUUGUUCAGAGAAGUGUUGAUGCAGCCCUCUGUCCCUGUCUUUGAAUUGAGUGUUUUCAUUAUCUUUCUUUUUUGUUUGAUGGUGAGUCUUGUCCCUGAAGUUGUUGUUUUCUGUCUGUGUUUUGAACCACUCUGUCACUGUGCUUCUCAAAAGUUCUUCACAAAUUAAGUCUCAGAUGCUUAUUUAUGGUGUGUUUGUGUGUGUCUUUGUGCAGGUCAAUGUGGCUCCAUCAGCCAGCCGGGUGGUUCUCCUGGAGAACAUGACCCGGUUCUGGUCCAUCAUCCAGAUCAGGGUCAAGAGAUGUCAGCAGGUCAGACUCUGAGUUACAUCCUCAUUCUAUUUGCCAUAAAUAAACUGCCAUGUCAUUUACUGACCACACCUCUCUGCUAUCUGACAGGGUGGCAUUGAUACCAGGGUUCACGGUUUUGAGGUUCUUGGUCCAAAGCCGACGUUCUGGCCCGUGUUUAAGGAGCAGCUGUGCUGUCGGACCUACCUGUUCUACAGCACCAAGGCCCACACCUGGUGUCAGGAGGUGAUGGAGGACAAGACGCAGCUGCUGCAGCUCUUCAACAAGUAAUCAAUGCAGUCAUACUCGUGCUGUCACUGCAGCUCCAAUAUAAGAACACCGUCAGUACAGCUGGUGUUCCUCAAGCUCUUCAACAUCUUCAAACUACAACUCUUCUGUUUUCACCAAAAGCAUUACUUCCAUUCUGACAUUGCUGUCAUCACAACUCAGACUCAGACAAACUAAUUUUUUCCAUUAGUUUCUCUCUAAAAUGUUAAGUAAUCAGCUGUUAUCAUUAGGAUUAAUCAGUAUGUAACCAAAGAAUGCAAUUAAGAAUAUUAAGCAGCGUCCUGAGUCGGCAUCUGCUCUUGACAUAGUUUGAUUUUCUGUCCCGAUUAAAUGUCCACACUUGGCACCACGGUUCUUACACUGCUCGUACUGCAGUUUGGUGACAGUUACCUGUUUGCUGAAUAGUCCCCGAAAACACAGCAGGAAGGUCAUUAAUGUGCAUUUUUCUUGUGUGUGUUUUCAGACUGAAUAGCGCUCUGAGACAUGAGCAAAUGUUUGCAGAUCGUUUCUUGCCCGACGCUGAGGCGGCUGAGGCUCUCGGUCGAACCUGCUGGGAGGCCCUGAUCACCCCCAUUGUUCACAGCAUCACACUCGCAGGUACACACAAACACACACAAUAGCUGAGAUGUCCUCACACUGUCAGUUGACCCUUAUAUCAACAAGAGCAGUAAUACCAACUCACUUAAACACUGUGUUUACCCAGAAUCCUCAGCAUCCAGCCCUCUUUCUUGGCUGCUCAGUGAGUAUCUGGACAACGCAGAGUCAGCCCGCCGCUGCAAGAGCAGAGCGGCCAUCUUUAACUCCAGAGUGAGACGGCUCACACACCUGCUGGUCCAUGUGGACACAAGUCAAGUGGACAACGAGGAGCUCAAACCCCCCGUCAAGUCCAGUGAGUCUCUUUGUAAUCAUUGAUGUCGAUAGUUGGCUCCAUCAUUGCUGACAUCAUUGUUACAUCACUUCAGUCAAGCAGAAACUCAGGCUGAGGAUGCAGUGAUGCUCUUGAAUCUUGGACAUUUUGAACUCCAGUUCAGAAAAAUGAGGACAUAGUAGAAACUAUGCGCUGCAGUCUGGUCCUACUUCCUUAAAUUUGAACCUGUCCAAGAGAGCAGAGAGAAAGUCUCUCUAGGGCUGAAGUGGGAAUGUGCUCAGAAAUUCAUAGGGAUGUCUCAUGUUCAAUAUAAAUGUUAUAUGGGACAUUAUAUUUAGACAGGCAUGACAACUUUGCAAGGCCUAAGAUUGUUUCAUUGUUUUUUUUCAACAGAAUAAGCAGGUUGGUACUGUAAUUAUUCAUGUGUCAAAUAUAAAUAACCCGAACAAUAGCUGUAGCUGUAAAGGGUGUGGGAAAUGUUUUUUCUUAAGUGUUUCCAGUCGUCCUCCAUGUUUAAAGAGUUUUUCUUGUUUUCAGAAGGUCUUAACCGAAGCAAAGAGCUGAAGAGUAAGUAACAGCUGAGUCCAGAGGCCAUUUUGAUUUUGUUUCCACUCUGCUCUGUGACAUUUCAUUUGUCCAAAUGAGGACAGGAAGUACUCACGUGACCCCUGCUGUUUGACCUCUGACAUGUUACCCCAUUGUUCCUGCAUAAACGAAGUUAUAUAGGUCUGUAAGUCUGAGCCCCUUGAAAAGACCCUACAGAUAGAGUGUGUAUAGAUUAAUGAGUAGAGGCUCAGUUUGUCCUUAAGGGGGGAGUUUAUCAUUUUUCAGACUCCAGAUACUUCCUCUCUGAUUUUUUUAAUAUCUUUAUGUGAUUUUCAGAUUUAAAGAAGCCUGAAAUUUUUCCCUCUGGUGUUUCAGCCUCCGUCUGAAACCCUUCAUUACCGCUGCUGUCUUUUUAAGCCCCCCCCCUUCACAAGCCUACAGAGCUCGAUGUCAUUACCCCUCUCACAGUUCACACGCAGUUGGAGGCAGACUGUUCAGCUUUGCCUAAGCGCAGAUGAACCAGUAAGGAGAGACUAUAACGCUGACGUAGGCAUUUUAGGGAGUCUGGCGUCUUUGCAUAGGCUCCCGUUUGAGCAGUUUACAUCUAUUUUCUGAGAUUAUAACAACAUACAUUUACCUUAUGGACACUAAAUAUUGUUACUUUACAGUUUUUGUUGUUAAUGUGUAAAAGCAUAAUACCACCCUGUUUAAAUGAGUAAAUAGUGCAUUUUGGAGGGGGGGGUCACAUCAUAAAAGAUGUCAGGACAAUAUUUACACCUGAAAGGGAGGACAGAAUUGUUCAACUAUCCCAAUAGUUUGUACUCAGUCUGAACGUCAAACCCUUAAACUGUUAGUGGUGUGCAAGACUAAGAAGGAUGUUUGAUGGACACUCAUCCAGCAGGGGGCGUCAGCUGACACUUUCUCCUCCUCAUCUGAACGGACUGAAACAUCCAGCUUCCUUCAGACAAACCUGAAGUCAUCAGGAUGCGUUUACACUCCAUCUGUUUCUUUUCACUUUGGACUGCUCUUAUUUUGACUGCAGACUUCCUGUUUACAUUUUGGUCAUGACACUGAUGAGUUUUCUUUCCAGAUGGAAAAGAAGAGCAGAUGCACUGCUUUCUCUUUACGUUUCUGGCUGCAGUUUUCAUUGCUGUUGUUUUUAUAUCUGCUGCAGUUGAAUGAUGAUAAACUCUGUAAACUUUGAUGCUGAACCUUUUCAAAUCUGUCUUCCAGACGGUAAAGAGGGAAAAAACAAGGACAACACCACAGCUACUUCCUCCUCCUCCUCCUCCUCUGCCAAACCCAAAGUAAAGAGCAACAGCAGUAUCGCAGGCAUCGCCCUCUGCUGGCAGGGAGUGGUACAGCGACAGGUGAGACGGUCACAUCAAUGUAGGUCCACAGACUGAGGAAAAAAUACCCAGAGUUAAAUAAGUUUGUUUAUAGCGUUAGCUCUCUUUGUGUCUUCCUCUGCUGUUUUGUUUGUUUCACUCAAUACCUGUGAUUACAACAAGAGCCACCUGAAACCAAAAUGAAUCCAGAAAAUGUUCCUCUAAAAACUUUCCUCUUUGUAAAAACAUCUCAUUUGAAAAGCAUCACAAAUAUAAUCUUGCCAAACAAAGUCUGCUGAUCCUGCUCUGUCAUGGAUGUGGAUUUUCACCGUAUUUGGCCCAGGAGUUUCUGGUUCUCAGAGGAUACAUCACAGUGGUUUUGGUAAAACAUCAAUAAGACCCCUCCCCUUUCCCUCUCACCCUCAGGUGAAGAAGUUUCUGGAGACGAGCUGCAGUCUACCAGACUUUGUGGAGCGCUACCGGACUCUUUACUUGCGGCUGAGGAAUGCCAUGGAGGAGCUGUUUGGACAGCAGACUGCCUUCGUCCUGGCCCUCCGACAUGGCUUCUCCGCUGCUCUGCUGCAGCUCUCUAUCCUCAAGGCCAUGCAUGUGAGUCCUCUCAGGGCUGAACCAGCGGAUUAGUUUAAACCCUGCUUUUAAUAACAUAAGUGUCCUUUUAGCUCUUAGUUCCAACUGCCUGGUAUGAUGUUAGAUUGUUUGAAUCAGAGAUGUAAGCAUUACUGUGUGAGAUCCUAUCAGAUGGAUGUUCCAUAUUCACAUGUGAACUUUUGUCUUUUGAUCGUCUGCUUGUAGCUCAUCAUAGACAAGCAGCUGAGUGUCUGACUAUUUAUAUGUGUGUAUAUGUGUAUAUCAGAGAUUAUUUUAUAUUUAAUCUAGUUUUGGUUCAAGUAAAACCUGCUGAGCUUUCACUUUUCUUGACAAAGGCUAAACCCGAGUUGUUCCAUACCACAAUGCAACAAGUCCUCAUUUAAUUAUAAACCACACAUCACAAGUGAACUCUGCAGAGCCAUACAUCCUUUCUUUAACCACCGAGCCUCAACAGUUAGAUGUAAAAUAAGAUUUAUCAAACACAGCACUAAAGCUAAUAUGAAUCUGGUAUGAACUAGAUUUACUCAGUUGGCACUAGUCAGGUUCAAGUCUGGAUUACUGAGACCCUGAGAAACAGAAAUGAUGCCAAUAAGUUGAAGAGCUGAAGGACUUAACACAUGAAACACGAUUUAGUUUGAAAAUGGGAUAAAGCUGAAAAGAUGAUGCUUUAAGGUUCAUCGAUGUGAAAAUUCCACUCAAGUCUUUUUCUUGAGUAAUUAUGAACCACCACUGGGCUUCAGGAGGUGACCAGACUACUUUGUGAUGUUUUUGUGUUAUGUGUGUUUUAUUUUAAAGUAUUUUAAAGACAAAAGAGUCAAUGAAGAACACAAACAGCAUUACGUAACUAUCUAUGAUAAAUUAAACUGUUUUGCUCAUGUUUGCUGUGUUUUUGUUGUGCUGUGUCAUUGUGUGAUGGGUUGUGUGCUGCAGGUGAGUGAGCGUUUUGCUCAGUACAUCGAUCAGAUGAUUCAGGCCAGCGGAGCAGCCUGUGGCAGCGUGCAGACUCUGGAGCGGCUUCAGCAGUUUCUGGAGCCAAUGCUCUUCCUGUCAGGUCUGGAGCUUGCCAACACCUUUGAGCACUUUUACAGGUGUGAACAUCACAACGUCAUCACAGUUCCUGAAACAAGACCAUAUGAUGCCUGGAGGAAAGUAACCUGCCUCUCUUAUCCAGGUACUACCUGGGCGACAGGCUGCUGGCUCAGGGGAAUGUGUGGUUGGAGAGCGCGGUGAUCGAUCAGAUUGGCAGCUGCUUCCCUAGUCGCUUCCCUCAGCAGAUGUUGAAGAACCUGAGCGAGUCAGCUGAGCUGCAGCAGGAGUUUCACCUGUACCGCCUACAGCAGCUGGACCGCUGCCUGCAGGAGCAUGACCAGGUUAAAAAUGACUCAAAUGCAUCUGUGGUCUGUCCUACUGUAAGAGUCACUCUGUUUCUACUGAAUACUGAAAUGUUGUUUUCUCUUCAUCUUCCAUUUUUCAUCAUCUGACACUAAGUCCUUGAACACGGUUUUUUACCAAUAAGAAAUAUUUCUGAUGUGUCGUUCUGGACAAAAGGAACUUGACAACAUAUGUAGACAAGUAUUAAAUGGGGUUCAAGUCGUGCCAAAGUUCUCAAGUCUGAGGCAGUUGACCCGUUUGUUGUCUCCACAGAUGAUGGAGGAAGACUUGGCUGAGUCAGAGGAGGAGGCAGAGGUCCAGGUUCUGGUUCUGUCUCCACGCUGCUGGGCCGUCUCAUCUCUCUGCUUUCUGGAUGAACCUGCAAAACAUUUUCCAUCUGAACUCUGCUCCUACCUGAACCAGUUCACCCAGUUCUACACACACAGUCAGUACCUGUCACAAACUGGCUUUGACUGGUUUCAUGCUGUCUCCAAACAUUGCUAAACUCCCUGUUUGAAUCCAGCUUUAUUUCUGGCCCGAGUGUGUCCCAUUUUGGGAUGAUCUGAACCUAACCUCUUAGUUAAAAAACGUCAGUGAUGCUCCAGUGUGUGUAUAUACAUAUUUGUAUUAAUUGCAUCUUCGUCUAUGUACCAGGUCAGUCCAUGUAUGGUCUGAGUCACUCAAAGCCUCGGCGGCUGCAGUGGACUUGGCUCGGUCACGCUGAGCUGCAGUUUGGCUUCUGGACGCUGCAUGUCUCCACCCUGCAGAUGUUCAUCCUGCUGCAGUUUAACAGUCAGGAUGUAGGACAGACACUCUUAAAGACAGAUUUGAAUCACUCAGAGGUACAUCAGGUUCAGUGAAGACUGAACAAACUGUGUGUCUCUGCAGGAGGUCCAAGUGGAGGCUCUGCUGCAGUCCACUGGCCUGUCUGCAGCCAUCCUGCUGCACGCUCUGCAGCCGCUCAUCAGUGAGGGAGGACCACUGACCCGCAGCCAGUCUGACGAGCCCAGCCAAGGUCAGACACAUAACACACACAGAAUAACACACACACACACGCACACACACCUGUCUCCCUCCCUGACCCCCCCCCCCCCCCCCCUCGUGUCCCUCCAGGUGUGUUACGGUUGAACCAGGAGGUGGUGUCUCGCAGUCUGGAUGGUGUCCCUGUGUCUGUUCAGCUGCUGCCCAGACAGACAUAUGUCAACGUGGACGAGGACGCUGGUGGGAUGCUGGAGAGGAAGAGAAACUAUAUCUACUGUCUGAUCGUCCACAUCAUGAAGCAGGAGAAAGAAAUGCACAUCGACAACCUGGUCUUCAAGGUCAGAGGUCUCAUACUUAUUUCUGAGUUUCUUAUUUCUAAGUAUGACUUAUUUAGGUUUACACACUCCUAACAUCUGAGGGAUUAACCGGCUGAGAUGUUUCCAGCCUGGGCUUAAGUUAGUUCUUAAAUCUUCCACUGGCUCUGUGUCGGGGUUAAGUCACACAUGGAUGCAGGGAGAGAAGAGAUGGAUCAUGCUAGAAUGUAUCUCCUCUAAAUAUUCGACUAAUCCUAUAAUGUAGAGCAUGAUGAACUGUGGCUUCAUUUUAUUAACUUUUAAUCACAAGCUGAUAGGUUAGUUUCUUUAUUUCUGACAAACGAGAAAUUCAAAACUGCCAAACAAACAAGCAAAAACUAAAAGGUAACACAGAUUAUAUUGUGAGUCCACCGUUUUCAAGAUGAGACACAGGUAUGUAUUGGGAGUUUCUGUCAGUUUGUUUUCAGCUGCUAGCCCAUGCAGGGUCAGGAGGGUCAGCACUUACACAAACACUCAGUGCAAAGAAGAGCCUUUUUCUCAUUGGCUACUGGAAGUUCAAUCCUCAUUUCUGCAACAUUAUUUUGGUUAGUUAGGACGUUACUAUCUUCGAUUGGAAAUAAAGCCUGUGUCCACAUGGUGCAGCCAAACAAAAAUACGUCUGAAGUUACCGUAAAUCUGAUUCUGCAUGGACGUUACGCAUUUUAAUUCAAGAUACAACCUCUUAAGCCCUAAGCCUAUUUUCCAGAAAAAACGCCUAACAAGACAUACCCAAAGUUAAUGAGAAAUUACAACACUUUACUAAAGGGUAUAUGCAUGUUCUCGGUGUCCUUGGAAGUCUCUAGAUGUCCAACUCUCAGAAGUGUUUUAUCUAUCAUUAUGCCUGAGUAAAUUGGAAUAAACCAAAGAGAAAAAUUGUUUUUUUACCCUCGCCAAAAUGUUUUCUUUUUUUGACAGAGGAAAACACAAUGCUAGCAAUGCCCCCAGAUGCCAUUGUUUAGCUUUAUCCACUCCUUGACAACAAAUUUGACCAAAUUUGAUAGAAUUUGGAUAAACAGUGAAGCCUACAUGAAGGUUUUUGUAAGGAUACACCAAGGCGAGAACUCAGUUUGGCACAAUUGUGCCAAAUGGAUUAUUUUCUACCUCUGAUGAGAACUGGCUCCACAUUACAAUUAAUUUCCAUAAGACUAGUCUCCUACUACCUAUUGGAGCUUUUAGAUAUGAAAUGAUAUACCUUUUGCCUCAUCAAUUUCUACCAUUCUGCACAAUAUAUUUGUUUAUAUGUAAUACAGAAUAGUGAAAAAUAACAGGAACUUCUACAUUUCUUUCUUCACAGGGAGUAUCUUUAUUUGAAAAAAGUGCAGAAAGAGAAACAAACAUUCUGUGCAAACAAUGUGAAAUAAAAAGUAACAGCGCAAUUAAAAACUAUUUAAAAUACAGCAAACACAGGUAGAGUAAAUUAAAUGUAAUGAAUACAUAUAAAUGCAUAAUUGAAGCAGUAAAGAGUGUAUUAUUUCUGUAAGAGACCAGAAUCAAACAAAUGAUCAGUACACAAACCUUGACACAAGCAAUGUCACCUUUCUUGCAGGUAAGGGUGGGGGUGGGGCGACUGGUGCAGGGAGUACUGAAGGUGUGAAAAGCCCUGAUGGGGGGUGGGGGUGGAUGUGCCUCACUCCCCUCUUGUUGGUGGCUGUGAAAAUGGUGAUCAAUUACUAUGUAGAACAAAAAUAAAUAACAUUUGUACAUUUCACUGAAGGACACAAAAGUUGUGGAUAUAUGUAAACUUAUUCACUAAAUUGAGUAGCCAUGACCUCUACUAUAUUUUGUUUGCAUUUAUAUGUACUUCAUUUAUUUUUCUCAUAAAGCAUAUAUUCAAAGACAGAUAAAAUGCAGUAUCUGCAAGCAAAGUAAGCCCAAAAUAAACAGAUAUAGUGAAACUGCAGUAAUAUUCAAUGCUAUUGGAUUGCCAUACUUACUACAGUGUUUACAGUUUUAUGACAAAGGUGUUCCAUGCAUAUCAAUUUACACAACACGGUCUUAUCGAUAAAUGCAAAUACUUACUAGUAAACUGGGUCCACUUCUAAUGUAAACAAUGCCUCCUCCUCGGAGCCGACGUCAUUACUGCUGAGUCAGACAAGUCCUCAAAUUCCCCGUCUGAGCCCCGCUGAAUUUCUAAUAAAAUGUCCGCCAUAUCCCUCUAAGAGAUGAAUGUUUCUUUUCCAUUGUUGAAAAGUACUCAAGAGAAGUUUUAUAAGUGAUGGAGAAAGUUUACAGGAGAGUCCCAUGUGAUCAGCGUGCGAUGCAGCAUUCUGCCUUCGUCUGUGGGGCGCUGCAUCUAAAAGCGCACUGAUUACGAACACUUUACGCCCGGCUUUUUUCAAAGCUGGUAAAUGCAGUCCUUGGAAAGAUUGAUGUCAAUCGAUUCAGUAGCUUUUCCCCUUUCAAAUGACUACAGACAUGGCCAUACGGAGCCAUUCUCCACUGCACUGUAAAGCUUUGAUUUGGUGGUGGUCGCAAAAUUUAAAUCUCCAGUUUUGCAAACAUUAGAGUCUAAACUUUGAUUGAGAAUUGAAAGUAAACACCGCCGUCAAGUAAGCCCCUGUGAAAUUUUUUUUAGUUUUUACUGAUUUUGGCGCCCCCUGUGGACGAAACAGUCUCUGCUGACGAGAGGCAUAACAAUUCAUCGACAUAACAAAGCAUGCUUCCAAUGAAUUCAAAAGUUGACGAGCUGUGGUAGUGUAAUCUGUUUUGGAAAGCUUAAAUCUAAAGGAGUGUGACGUCUUGCAUCAUUCCCGUCUUUGUUGGGAGCAACACAAGCAACACAGCCACCAGGAAGUAAUGGUUGAACAAAAUAAAGCACAAUAAAGUAAGGAGCAAGACAGCUUCAUCUCAACUGGUCACAUACAAGACAAGGACCGGGAAACAACACAGAGUAACACGGAGCUGCAACCACCGCAAAACUAUUUUGUCACAAAAUUUCUGAAGUCUUGGAGUUGACUGUUUGCUAAAUCUGUAAACCAGCAAGGAAGUCAGUAAUCUUCUUGAGUUGGAGGAAAGGGGACAUUCAGCACAGUGGUCCAGUGUCUGAGCCACACCAUGAGAGUUUGGCAUUUUGACUCCCACUGUGUGAAACUGUUGAUCGUUCUCUAUCUCUCUCUCUCUCUCUCUCUCUCUCUCUCUCUCUCUCUCUCUCUCUCUCUCUCUCUCUCUCUCUCUCUCUCUCUCUCUCUCUCUCUCUCUCUCUCUCUCUCUCUCUCUCCUUCCUUUCCGUUUCUCCUUUAAACAACUCUUAACUUUGAAAACAUAUGAAACUACAUCAUUUGUCUGACCUGAGUUCAGGUUUUUAAUGGCAUCAUUAGAGGAUAUACAGUGAAGGUUUACAUGUGAGGGAUAUUUUGAAGUGCAUUAAAACAAACAUGUUAAAACCAUGUUAAAACAAACAUGGUGUGAAGUUUUCUCUAGCUUAAAGUGUGGAUUUCAAUGUGGACUCCCCUUAAGCUAAUGAACCCUGACGUUUCUGAGGCUGACAUCUCAGAGAGUUACAGGCCACAGCAGCUCUGACCAAGACUCACACCCCGCACUAAAAUAAGUCUCACUCUUUUGAUAUCGUCCUUUUUUCUCUGUGCUCUGGUCUCGUUGUCUCCGCAGGUUCUGGACUUGUGUCAGAAAAAGGAAGCCUCUCGCUCCCCGGGUUCAGGUCGUUUCAGCUGCAGCACUAGCGACGUUUUCUCAUGCAUCAUGCACGUCAUCAGCAAAGGCUGCAUACGCCGCAAUGAGGACAACCCACACAUUGUCGAGUUCCUGCCGGAGGACCCGUCCACGCCACAGAAAGGCCAGGCCCAGUUCUCCUUCAGCCGGGCUGAGGUCAGGAAGGACUCAGCAGACAGCAGGGCUGACAUCAGGUGUGAGCGUGACCUCUGACCUUUCACUCACCAUCAACUUUGUUUACAUGUUUUCCCUUUGUUACGCCCUUCAGACAAAACAGGAAUCCUGAGUCUGUAUUUCUGUUUUUUGUUUUGUUUUGUUUUUUUUACCCUGUAAUGACUAAAACUCUUUAAUUUCUGCACUUUGUUCUUAAAGUUCAGUUCUCCUGCUCUGACUCUGGUUACCGCUCAGAUCCUUUAAAAACAGAAUAUCCCAGUCAAUGAGUCAGACACACUGACAUCCUGUGCAUCCUCAAAAAAAAACAAACAAACAUGUAAAAUGUUUAAUUUUCUACAAAGAGAAAAUAAAGAAGAGAUAAAACUCUAAACCCUGCUUGUUUCCUUUUGCCUUAUUGUGUAAUAACGUCAAUGAACUGAUGAAUGCUGAGUUGAAUUUACCUUCCAACAACCAAACGUUAAAGCUAAAUCUUUGUGAAAAUCCAGCUCUACUUUGAUUGGAUGUCAACAUCUUUACAGUUUAAAGAACUGCAGGAUUUCAAGAACACAAGAAGAAAUGUUGAUAAUCUCUUCAUACAUUUAGAGUGUGUUUUAAAACAGAAAAUAUCUCUGCUCAGUGAAACCAGCACAGACUCAGAUGAAGUGUGUAAUGCCAGCAAGGGAUCUUUUCGUAGCUCCUAAAAUCACAUGUUUGGAGUCUGCAGUAUUCACAGAAGUCUGCCAUGUUUCCCUGAUUUAGAAAGAGAAAACUGUUCUUUAAGUUUCUCAGUUUCUUCUUCUUCUAUCUCAUUUAGACCACAUAAUCAAACAUAAACACAGUGUCACAAACAAAAACUCAGUGGGGCUGAAAGAUUUGUUUGAAAAGCUAAAGACAGAACAUAAUGAGAGCUCUUCCCCAGUCCCCCUGUAAUGCUGCCAUCUCGAUUCUGCAUUAAAAGUUAUUCUCCUCUGCCUGUUUCUGCAGCCUGAUGAUGUCAGCUCCACGGCGGUUUGAGGAUGGAGUCCUGGAUGCAGUUCUGUUCUCGAUGGGUCGAACAAUGACGCAGGAGGAGGUCCGUCAGCUGAUGCAGAGGACGGUCCAACAGGUGUGACUGGGAUGCUUUUGACCAUAUCAAAGAAGUGACAAACACCCUGCAGUGAUGCUGUGAAAAAAAGAGACACAAAUGACCUCACAGCGACUGAGAACUAACUCAUCAUUUCACAGAAGGACCUCAAAGGUCAAAAGUUCAAGUUGUGCAUUCAUGAAGAUUCAGUGGUAGAUUAGAAAGACCAAAAUAAAAAGAUUUAUGAGCAUCAAGUCUAAACUGUAGGAGGUUAAAGUUGUGCAUUUAUGAGAAAAAAGUCAGCUAGUUACAGCUUGGGUGUCAUCAAUACCUAAAGUCCAUACAGGAUGAGAUGAGAAGAGCAGUCAACAACAUGCACCAAAAUGAGGAUCAUCUCCAUGUAACUGAGCAGCUGAGGACCAAGUGAGGUCACAGUGGUGUGUACAGGAGGUCUGUUAGCCUGUCCUCAGUCUAUUCUGAAUCCUAAAACUGAUGAGGAUGUGUUGAUGCUGCUAAUGCUCUGAGUUUCCAGUAUUAAGUCUUUCAUGAAACUUACCUUUCUGCUGAUCUCCGUCUCUGAAAAGCUUAAAAAACAGACCAUAUACAAGUUUAUUCUUGUUGAUUUAAAGCUUGAAUCUUGACAUCUCUGUUGAUUGAUUCGGUGAGGUUGCCCUAAUACUUUUUAAUAUCUUAAAAAAUUAAACUAGAAACAGAGAAAAUCCUCUGGGAGACUUAGAGUAACCUCAAACUGGUCUCACAUGUUGUCUCUCCUUUUCGCCCUCUCAGGUGUCCAGCACUCUGAGUCUAGACCUGGACCGUGCUGAGCACCUGCUGGUUCACUGUAAGUGGAACAUGGACCUGCUGGUGCAGAGAUACACCGACGACGCUGAAGCCCUUAUCAUAGCUGCUGGGUUAAAGUGCAAAAACCCUCAGCCCCCACCAAGCCCCUCCUCCACCUGCCCUGUCUGCCUGGGCCCUCGCACCACCGCCACAGAGCCAGUCCCAUCACUGAGCUGCAUGCAUUACUGCUGCCAGGUCAGAAUCCCUACUUUUACUGAUUCAGAACCUGGAACUAGUGAACCAGAAGUAACCUGACUGGAUUAAAACUAUUACAGAGGUUUAACCUUAAAAUCAAGCUAUUUCACUGAAGAAACGAUUACACUCUGGGGUGGGCGGGAAUAAGAUGAUUGACAGCAGCCUAUGUUGACUUUGACCUCAUCAAAUAACCACAGGGAGUGAUAAAUUCAAGGUCUGAAGACAACAAGGCAAGACUUGUGGUCAAAAAUCCUUCCCAAACGUAUGGGGUGAAAUCAGCAUAGAUGGAAGCAGAACCAUUUUGUCCAGAGGGGGGCGCCAGAGUCAAUACAGGUAAUUCCACACUGGUGUUUGCAGAGUUAGUGAUUAAUCCUUCAUUGACUGUGGAGGAUGGCUAGGGAAAUGUGGAGAUUUAGCCAACAAGCUGUCAAGUGAAGACAGAGAGGUCUUUAAUAAAGAGCUGGGUCAGAUCAGGAGGAGGGAAGAGGUGAUGAAGAUCAGUUAACAUCAGGCCAGGCUGUGUGUGCAAACCAAACACUUUCCUGAACUGGUUCCUAGUCUUUCAUGUGUUGGUUCCUGCUGGGUUGGUGCUAACUAGUCAAACUGAGGUGAAACCUGCUUAGCAGCUCAUCCUGAUGUUGGGUGUGUGGUCUGGUUUUUCUCUCUCUCUCUGUUUUGUCAUACAGUCGUGUUGGCAGGAGUACCUGACAGCGAGGAUUGAACAGAACUUGGUCAUGAACUGUAACUGUCCAAUCACCGACUGCCAGGCUCAGCCCACCUCAGUCUUCUUCCUCAACAUCCUCACAGACAAGGACACCAUCUCCAAGGUAACAGCACAUCCUCCUCCCCAGGUCCCCUGACAAUCAGAGUGUGACUGAGCUGAGGAUUUCUGAUCUGAUUUACCUCUAAGGUUUCUUUGACGACACGUCCUUGCUGUCACUGCUAGGAUGAUAACCUAUUUGGGGGUGAGGGUGGGGGGGUGGGGGUUUAUAUUGAUCCCAGAGUCAUUGCAUUUGUGUUGAAUAAGCUUUAAAGAUAAAAACAGUGCCUCUGUAAAUCAGCACGUUUUCUUGAUGUCUGAAAAUAUGGGAGAAAAUGGACCUGUAUAAUCUAUGAACUGCAUAGGUGCCAAAAAAGAAACAUGAUAGCCAACAAAAACCUCAACAGAAGAAGAGGAAAGGUGGCAAAAAACCAAGCUGCUGCAUCAUAGGUCCAUUCAGGGCAGCAAAGGUUGUCCAGUGUUCUGCUUGUUGACUGGUUUUAUGUACUUUUAAUCUUAUUUGAUAACAUUUAAAUGCUUGAUGUACAUUUAAAAGUCAACCAGCAAUCUGCUGGGAUGGUGAUAUGAUAUAAACUUGUGGGUGACCUGUCCAGGUGUAGCUCUUACAUAAUAAACCACACUGUUCCUGCUUAGGUUUAGACAGGUCAAUAAAACCAAACUAGACCUGGUCAGCCCUGAGGAAGAAAAUAUUUAACUUGUAACACACGUUAAAACAACCAACACUUUUUCUUUUCCCAGUCAAGAUCCACAUUUUUUUUCUCAUUCCUUGAUUUUUGCAUGAGGUUCCUGCUGCUGUUUUCAGAUGAAUAACUAUACUUUAAAAAAGAGCUAUACGAAUUAUACAUAAGGCUGCAUAUCGAGACCACACCAACACACUAUUCAUUAAGUGAAACCUGUUAAAAUUUAUGGAUAUCAUCGAAUACAAAACCGCCCUGAUAAUGUAUAAAGCUAGGUACAAUCAUCUCCCUGGGAAUAUCCAGAAAAUGUUCUUUGACAGAGAGGGUGGGUACAACCUUAGGGGGAAGUUAAAUCUGAAAACUCUGGGUGCCCGAACAACAGUGAAAUCAUUCUGUAUCUCGAUAUGUGGAGUUCAACUUUGGAACAGUAUAGAUGUAGAGAUAAAGCAAUGUUCAAACAUACACAAGUUCAAAAAAAGGUAUAAAAAAUGUAUUAUAAUGAAGUAUAAGGAGGAAGAAUUACAUGAACGGUGAUGUGUUCAAUGACUGUACUGUAUAGACAUCUAUGCAUGUAUGUAUGUAUGCAUGUAUGUAUGUAGGUAUGUAUGUAUGUAAGUAUGUACGUAUGCACGUAUAUGUAACCUAUUAUUGAGAUCACCAAUUUAGUGUACAACCAAGUAAUCCUUGAUACAUAAGUGGUAAAUUAAUUUGUUAAAGUAUACAUAUAGGUAUACAGUAAGACAGUUUGUAAAGCGUUGACGCUGUGUAGUUGACAAAGGGGUAGGAUCACAUAAGUCCUGACUUCACCCUACUCCUUUUGAACAUGAUCAUGAUAUUGGCCGAUUAUUGCCUGUUAGGCUUGUCUUUGAUUUUAUAAAAAUUUGUUUAUUUAUUAUUACUACUAUUAUUUUCUUUUCAUAAAGCCUUGUUUUUUGUUUUGUUUUUUACUUCAUCAUUAUUUUUAUCAUGUUCAAAUAAAGAAAUAAACUAAAUAAAUGAAGAGCUCACCAUCUCUCUGCUGAUGCCUCUACUGAAUCAGUUCCUCAACACAUAAUAAUACCACCGCCUUCUUCUCCUUUUCCUCUGCCAGUAUGAGAAUGCCUUACUCAGAGACUACGUAGAGUGCUGCUCCAACCUGACAUGGUGCACCAACCCUCAGGGCUGCGAUCAGAUCCUCUGUAAGGAGAACAUGGGCAGCAUGGGGACCUGCUCCAAGUGCUGCUGGUCCUCCUGCUUCAGCUGCAACUUCCCAGAGGUCAGAGGUCACCACACACACACACCUGUAUAAAAUUUGUUUCCAACAAAAAACUUAGACCUGGGGGUGCGGGUGGGGGAAUUGAUGUGUCUCUAAGGCUUUAUGUAUUAGCCUUAAAGAAGGAGCAGACAAGUUCCAAACUGAGAAAAAAAAAAGUUCAUGUUAAAAUUGACAACAGUUAUAAACAUUUUUAUUAUCUGAAGACUGAUUGCUGCUCCCAAAAGAGUCUUCAAGCUGUCACCAAGAGCUCCUUCACAAGCUAAAUUAAAGGAGAUAAGCUGCUGUUCUGGUGAUUUUGUUCCUCUGGCCUCAGCAGGUUUCUACCUGGACAGGUGUUAUAUUGUUCUCUGCUUUAUGUCAAUCUAACUCAGUGACAGUGUCUGUCUUCAGGCUCAUUACCCAGCCAGCUGCAGCCACAUGUCUCAGUGGAUGGAUGAUGGAGGCUAUUAUGAAGGGAUGAGCAUGGAGGCUCAGAGCAAACAUCUCGCCAAGCUCAUCUCCAAACGUUGCCCGAGCUGCCAGGCUCAGAUUGAGAAGAACGAAGGCUGUCUGCAGUACGUAUUGUAAUGAUUCCUUCUAAAGAUCUAGAACACAUAACAUGGUGAUUAGGAUGAUGAUGGUGAUGGUGAUGAUGAGGAAGAUUCGUUCAUUCCCCUGUCCUCAGUAUGACCUGUGCCAAGUGUAAUCAUGGUUUCUGCUGGCGUUGUCUGAAACCCUGGAAACCAACGCACAAAGAUUACUACAACUGCUCUGCCAUGGUUGGUUCACACACUGCACAUGAUCAGAGUGGGCGCAUUAACCCACCAUUCAGAGACCAAGAAUAAAGUCCAGUGCGCAGUGAUAGUUAUGAGCAUGAGAUAACAGAAACAGUGUUAUUCAUCUGAUCUUUAUCCGUCUGUAAACUUGUUGCUUUUGCUGCAGGUGAGUAAGGCAGCGCGGCAGGAGAAGAAGUUCCAGGAUUAUAAUGAGAGGUGCACAUUCCACAACCAGGCUAAGGUAUGAUGCCUGUCCACCACAUGACAGAGAGACUUUUAAUCUCAAGCAGCUCCAAUACUGACUUGAAUUAGAUUGGCCACAGCAUGGAAAGGCUUUGUUAGCUUUGGGUGCUGUGCUGGAGAAAUUGUGUAGAUAUAGAAAAUUGGGUUUCCUGACAGGGCGAAACAGGACCUUUACAUGAAGCAUAGGGGUCCUGUUCACUCUUACCUGGGGUAAGAGGAAAAAAUGAUCAAGUACAAUCAGGGGCCGGGCCGUGUGACUCGUUCUGGUUUCUGCCCUAGGAUUUUGCAAUCAACCUGGAGAACAAAGUGUCGUCUAUUAAUGAAGCCCUGCAGAUGAAGUCCUUGACCUUCGUCAUUGAUGCCUGUAAAGUUCUCGCUCAGGCUCGCAAGGUAACCAGCAUCUCUCUUCAUCAUCAUCAGCAUAAUUAUCUUCACCAUCACCAGAGAGUGGUCCUGCUCCCUGUAAUACUGCUGAUCAGACUGUAAUGGCGUUAAUCAUUCCCUGCUCUCUGUCUGCAGGUUCUGGCUUACUCCUGUGUCUACAGCUACUACAACCAGGAGACAGAGAAGAUGGACGUGAUGGAGCAGCAAACCGAGGCUCUGGACCUGCACACCAACGCCCUGCAGAUCUUGUUGGGUGAGACCCAACUUCUUAUCAUUUUGCAUAAGAUCCCAACUGUUUAAAGUGGUCUUUAUUAGUGUGUUAGUCAGAAUGAGCUGGUGUGUUAGCUGGUAUUAACUGGUCUGUUAUCUGGUAUAAACUGGUCUGUAAGCUGGUACUAACUUGUCUGUUAGCUGGUAUUUACUGGUCUGUUGCUGGUAUUAACUGGUCUGUUAUCUGAUAUGAACUGGUGUGUUAUCUGGUUUGAACUGGUCUUUAACUGGUAUUUACUGGCUUAAAGCUGGUAUAAACUGGUAUGAGACCAGUUAACACCAGCUUGAAAACCAGUUAAUACCAGAUAACAGACCAGUUAUUAAGUGGUCUGUUAUCUAGUAUGAAAAUGGUAUUAUAGCUGGUUUUAGCUGGAUGUUAUUUGGUCCUAACUAGUCUUAUAGCUAAUAUAAACUGCUCUGUGAUUUGAAAUUAACUGGCCUGUUUGCUGGUUUAAACUGGUCUUUUAUCUGGUAUUAAUUGUUCCAUUAUCUGAUAUCAACCGAUCUGUUAUCUGGUAUUAACUGGUCCGUUAGCUGGUAUUAGUUGAUCUAACUCUAGCUGGUUUUAACCUACAGACUGUAUAUACUAUGGACAACUUGGUUCCGCCUACCGCCUGUAUACAGAUUUGAAGCCAAAAAGCUCUCGGUAUUUCCGGGAUUUUUCUUUAUUUCCUGAAACAAGCACUGCGCAGUAGCGAUGCGCACAUUCUGGCGUGCAGUUGCCAAGAGGCACUGUGAUGACGCUCGGCUCAAACAGCAUAUCCCCUGGGAGAGCUACGCAAUCCCUGAAUGCCCAUAGGCUGUAUCAAGUGUCAAUCAUAGUAAACAUGAACCCCCUAAUAACUUUUAAAAACGGAGCUGUACAGAAAAAAGAGGACUUGGGCACAAACUAGUCUUACAAUAACUACAUGUCAACAUCACAAGCAGGGGGGAGAAAAAUUUAUGCACUGUGUAAUAAAUAUUUAAAGUUUGUCCACAGUCCCAUAAGCUUUGCUGGCGGGGGCGGGAUUUAUGACCUAUACUGCAGUCCAUCAACAGAGGGUGCUGUUCUCGGAGUGGCUUCACCCAGCAAGGAGGCAGACUCUGUCCGUUCUUUAUACAGUCUAUGUUUUAACCAUAGACUAUGAUUUAAACUGGUCUGUUAGCUGGUUCUAACUGGUCUGUUAUCUUGUAUUAACUGGUCUGUUAUCUGGUAUUAAUUGAUGUAAUUGGUAACAACUGGUCAGUUUUUCUGGUAUUAACUGGUCUUUUAUCUGGUAUUGACCGGUGUGUUAUCUGGAGAUAACUGGUAUUACCUGGUCUGUUAUCUGGUGUGAACUUGUCUGUUAGCUGGUAUUGACUGGUCUGUUAUCUGGUAGUUACUGUUCUGUUACCUGGUAUUGACUGCUCUGUUACCUGGUUUUGACUGGUCUGUUAUCUGGUAUUUACUGGUCUGUUACCUGGUAUUAUCUGGUCUGUUGACUGGUCUUGUGUGUGCUCUUAGAGGAGACUCUGCUGCAGUGCACUGAUCUUGCUUCAUGCGUCAGGCUGCUGAAGCCUGAACACCUCAACACUGGACUGGAACUGAUCCGACGUAUUCAAGAGCGCCUGCUAGCGAUCCUGCAGCACUCCACCCAGGUAAGCAGUGUCAAGGAUGGGCUUAAACCAGCAUGAGUCUCAGGUGUGUUGAGUCAUUUAAUUAAUUAAUUAUUAUAAAUAAACACAUACCCUCCGCUCACUCUGCUCUUCACCGUGACAGAUGCACACACUGUGCUGUGGAGAGCGCUCAGUCUGUCCCUCUGAAAACAAACUGCUGUUUCCUGUUCAAUGUUGCCCUCUGCUGUUGUUUUAGUGUGGCUGUUUGGACACAUUUUUUGAUGACAUUACCAUGCUGGUUUACAUUGGUCUGAUGUUGUACAAUCAGAUCAGAUACAGGGAUACAAUAAGAGUGAGCUCAGGUAAAAACAGGACCCCUAAAAUUAGAAUGAAAUUAAAGCUGUAUGCAGUAUCAAAUGGGUCCUCACACCUCUGCACACGAGCAUGACUGUGUUUGGCAAAAAAAUAAACAAAAAGUAUAUCCAGCUAUUUCAGGGAAUUAUUGAUAAGUUUAUGCAGGGCAAAGAAGACCAGGGUAGUAAGAAUUUUGUCAGCUUUGAAAUGUCCCUGUGUGAACACAAACCAAUUUUAGGUUAAUUUGAAACUUUUGAACAAACUGGUUCAUGAUUCAGAUUCAGAGCAAAUGAACUACAUACAGGUGUGAAAACAACCUGAAUCUGACCCGGAACAAGCCUGACGUCAGUCCAAAGUGACUUUAACUCUGUUCAACCAGUAUCAAACUAGUUUCAGCUAAGUCAGUAAACAGAGUUAACUUUUGAAACAGAGUUCAAACUUACUCGAUUUAGAACAGUCUGAAAUAGGUGUACUGCCAGUGUAAACUCAGUCUGAACAAUAUUCAUGUUUGAAACUGUGUGAACCACCUCAGAGUACUUCAGCUCCAAUUUGACACCAUUCUGUAUUUCUGUCUUUAAGGACUUCCGGGUUGGCUAUCAGUCCAAGAGCAGCCAGGAACCAGAGUCUAGUCAGGCCUCCAACUUGUCCAACCACACCGAUGGCAACAAAGUGUGAGUAUGGUGACAGAUUACCUUAGUCGUACUCAGGGGAAGUCAAGAAUCCCUGUUUCUGUAGGAGGGGAUAAUAGUGCAGUGCCGAUCCUCAAAGUGUCUCAGACUGGUUUCUACUCAUUCUUUAGGUCAAAGUCUGACAGAGCCUCAGACUCUGGAGACUCAGAUAACAACAACAACACCGGGGAGGAGGGCGGUGAAGACGCGGAAGAAGAAGACGACGAGUACGAUGAAGAGUACGUACCAGAGUGGCACGAGGACUAUGACGAAGACGACAUUGAAGAGGACGACUUCUUCUCUGACGACGACGAGUCUGAGAACCUUGAACGGGACUUCAACCCGUUUGACUGAGGUACUAACAGAAACCUCCCUGAGAGGAGGGAGGAGAGAGGGGGAAGAGUCAGAUCCUGCCAUAGCCCCACCCAUCCACCUGAGAGCAUCAGGAAGGACGGGUCAGAGACAAUCCAAGGGACAUCCUCCUUUAUCUGAACCCCAGCCCCCUCAAACACCACUGCACUCGCUUUCUUUGUUCCUGUAUUUGACCUUCUUUGUUUCAUUGGAUCAACAUUCAGAGGGAAAGGAGGUUUCCUCAAAAGUUCUGAGUUUAAGAGUGUAGUGCAGAGGGAAAUAAAUCAGACAUCCAGGAGGAAAGUCUGACUGUAGUCUUCAAACAGUGAGAAUAUUUUUGAAUAAAAGAAGAUGUGACAGUUGUGUCAGAGAUGAUUUUUCACUCAGUAUUGAGAGAACUGGUUUUAAACCACUUAUUUCAGUAAAUAAAGUAAAAUUAUUAUAAAAAGACCUGAUCUGAAACUAAGUCAAGUUCAAGGCCAACCAAAAAACACUUAAGCUCAAGUUUGACACAAUCCUGAAACCAAGUAAAUUCCUCACACUGUCAAAAGACAGUUAUAAACCAGCUCACACACAGUUAGUGACCUGUCUGAAUUUAGUCCAAAACCACCUUGAAGUCUAACUUGAACUAGUCCUAACCCAGAUUAAAUGGGUAUGAAGCGCCUGUAACCUAGUCCAAAAAUUUGGCUUUGACCUUUUUGGCUUUAAGGUGAGGCAAUCAGUCCUAUAUUAUUUUAAAAUCAGUCAAACCACUGUGUGAGACCUGCUUCAGACGGGGCUAAGGACACUUUAAUUCCUAAGUUUGAGACCCGGCUGAUCCCUGUUAAACCUCUAGGUUCCUUUAAAAAGUUACCUUAAAGACCCACUCCGAUGAAAAUCAUAUUUUUUUGUUGUCUACAUGUUUAUAUGUCAUUUUUCUGAAUUUUCAGGAAAUAUUAUGUGAAAAGUAAGAGCAAAUUGGCAUUUUUGAGUAUUUGUUCAAAUCACUGUGAUUCUCUGGCAGACCCAAACGGCCGGUUCACACACAGUGAGAUUUUCUAUGUCACAACUGCAAGCUCCACCCCCAGAGACCCGCUCUGCAGGCCAGACCCUGAGAAGUAGAGAGGACAAGAGCAGAACAAGUGUGCACUUUAGUGGAUUACAAUGCUCAUAAGAAAGCCAAUUAUGAUAUUACCUUUCAUCAUGUCCCCAAAGACAUUUGUGUUCGAGAGCUCAAUAGCUCCUAUGUUACCUGCCACUUCUAACACACCGACAAUGUUAUGCUGCAAGCUAGCGUGAAGAGGAGUGUGCAGAACUGCGCUGUCUCUGCCCAUGGCUCAGAGGUGAAUUGCUACUGAGCUACUGGAGCUCUGCAGAAGAAAAGCCCUUAGAAAUGACACAGGUGAUGUGAUUUUGGCUAAAAACUUCAUAAUCACAAUUUAACAACCACUGAGAACACUUUAAGUAGUGAAAAAAAAUGUUUGGAGUGGGACUUAAAUGGCUAAAGAUUUCCAUCUCCUAACUGCUCUAAAAAUAUUAUACAUCAAUAUUUUUUCCACUUUUUUGAUAAUAUCUGUUAAUCAUCCUCAGUCCUUGUCAUAGCCACCAAAUAAUUAUUGAUUUUUAGAAUUUUAACCCUUCAAAUACCAGUUUGAUUAUAUGACAUCACUUUUACUUUUAAUAGGGGAUAAAAAUACCAAGUUAUUUUCCAUUUAUUAGAUGCUGGGCAGGAUUUUUUUUUUAAUGACAGUCUGUGAUAUGUUAAUGAUUAGCUAGAACAUUGUUUUUUAUGCAUUAUUUUUUUAUGCACUGUCAGAUUUAAAAAAAGUUAGACUGAAAAUAGUUCAUUGAAACCUAUGAGCCUACUACCUUAUCUGGGUUGUCCACUUUCCUCGCCCCACAGGCUGAGUGUGUUUUCUCCUCUGGAUCUGUAAACACCUACCAGAAUCAAGAGCUCAAUGUAGGCAGAAACAUCAGUGGCCUCCUCCAUUGACCGUCUCCCCUGAAGAUUUGUCAUUUUCACAAUGAUGCGAAUAUUAAGUAUCAUCUGUGAUGAGGAGAUCAAAGCUUGAUUACAUGCUCUAAAUCCUGGCAAUGGCAUGGCAUGUUGGUUCCUUGGUGACAGUAGAUGCACACACACACAUACACACUCAUUGAAAGACCCACAUGCAUACACACACACACACAUCAAAAUCCAAACAAUGCUGUGUAAUAGGAUUCAAUGGACAUUUUUCAAUCUAAUAUUGCACAAAAAAUAAUGUAUCGAAACCAAUGUUGUUGCUGAUCAAUAACAUAUCACAAUAAAUUCCAAAUUCCCCUUAUUGCAUAAAAAAGAACAGUGGCAUUUAAAGGGUUAAAAUUCUGAAAAUGAAUGAAUAUUUGAUAGAUAUGAACAGGACUGGAGUUGAUGAAAAAUUUAAGAAAAAAAGUGUAAACAAGUAUUAAUGUACAAUAUUUUUAGAGCAGUUUUAGGAGUUAAAUAUUUUGUCCAUCUAAGGUCCUUAUCAUAUAGUGUUUUUGCCACACAGUGAAUAUUGACCUGAUAUUCUAGUGUGAGGUCACAUUUUAAAAUUUGGAAAGAAAAAACCACCCUGAAAAAAAAUCAUUCCAUUUGCAAUAAAACAGCCAAAAUGAUCAACAAAUGAAAAGUAAAGAGUCAGCAAAAAUGGACAUAAAUGUCCCAAGAGCCCCAGAGGGUUAAUGGUAUUUAAAUGUCAAAAUAUAGUGUCAAGUAAAUAAGUUCAAAAUCUACAUCUUUUUAAAGUGAUUCUGAUUUGAUAAUCCUGACUUAAAUCUCAGAACUUUUUUUUUUUCUUCCUCCAGGCUCGGCCUGGUUCUGGAUUUGGCUGGUUCUGGUGUGUUUUCUGUCCGACAGCAAUGAAGGAUCUCUUAGUUUGAACAAAAUCUUUGUGUUUCUGUUUCCAGUUGCUGCUUUUGGAUUUCCAGAGUCAAGUUUAAAAACAGGAAAAAGGGAUUCGUCAAAAAGAGACUGUUAGUUUACAUCCUGUUCUCCUUGUUAGCUGUUGAGAAUUACCCAUUUGUCUCAUCACAUGUUCUGCCUUGAUUUAUGUUGGCAAUGGGGGCUGCCUUUAUUUGAGACUAAAAAAGAAAUAGAAAACAUUAAAAUGCAUAACUUCUUCUAUUUUAUGUUGUUUUUUUUUGUUUUGUUUUGUUUUUUCUUUUAUGUAGAGUUGGAUGUUUCUAUGCAUCUAAAGAGAGAUUUGGAGGUUUCAGCUUGAGCAGAGAGUCUGUAGGAGCUGUGAAGUCUGAAGUAUCACUGCAAUAACUGAUCGAUUGAUUAGCAGCUCACUGUCACUUGAGUAACCGAGCAAAGACGCUGACCCCUGCUCUGUUUUCAGUCUUUAAAAAGGACGCUUUUAGGGUCAGAUUUUUGAGUUUAUUGUUAAAAAGUUGCGCUUCGCAGGAGUCAGGGGAUGUCUGAAAUUCCAGCUCCCUGUUUUGCUGUAAUUUUUGAGAGAUCCUGUAUUCAUAAUGUUGAUGUUCUAUAAUGUUCUUUCUCGUUCCUUUGCUGGAGUCGAGCGACUUCAGCCAGCAAACUAAAUAAAAGCUUUUUUUUUUUUGCUUUGCUGCAGGAAGACUGAUUUCACGCUGAAAUAAAACACUUAACCAUAACC